CGUACCGUCAAUACCGCGGCGGAAUCGUUAACGACAAUAAUUACUAUUGUAUCGAAUCUGACGGGAUCGUGUGUUUUCCCGCGCCCAUAUCGAUCGGUAUUCAUCUUAAUGCAUUUCGUCAAUGGAUAUUAUCGUCCAAUAGUAGGAGCCCGACGAUUUGUAGCACCGGCAGCAGCACCAACAGCAGCACCAGUAGUAGUGUCGGUGGUACGCCGUCGCCGAUUUCGCGCGCAAUCCGCACACCGACGACGACCGCGACGACGGUAAGGCGCGUGCACCGCGACACCGAACCGACAUCGUCGCCACCGCAGCGCACCAGACGCGCGCCGCGUAACCGUAUACCACCGCGCCGCACGCACGCCGCGGCGUAGAGGACUAGUCGCGCGCGAAAAAUGUUUCCGGCGUCAGUGCUGUCGUACCUCCGGCACCGGCGGACCGUGGUGUAGCACCCCGUGCGUGCAGCAGCAGAGGACACAGAAUGGACAACGUUCACAACAUGGGACCGGAGUCACCCCUAAACGAAGUUGUCAUCGAGUCGUCAGUGGACGAUUCGUCGCAAGAAGCACAGGCGAACUCCGUCGACCCCAGUCGACCGGCCGUGUGUCCUGUCCCCGAACCGCCGCCGACACGUGAGUUGUGCAUUACGAGAGUUCCCCGGUCGCAGCAGCAGCAGCAACAGCAGCAGCAGCAACAGCAGCAGCAGCAGCAGCAACAGCAGCAGCAGCAGCAACAGCAGCAGCAGCAGCAGCAACAGCAGCAGCAGCAGCAGCAACAGCAGCAGCAGCAGCAGCCGACCACCAGCCGGAUCGUUUGCCAUUCACGUUGUCCGCGGACCCUCCAGCACCAUGACGGAGACGAUUCGGAAGAAGAGAUGGACGAUUUGGACGACGAAGAAGACCUGCAGCACCAAGACCACCGCCAUCGUGUGGGUCACCAGCAGCAGUCACACCAGCAACAACAACAACAACAACACCACCACCACCAUCAAAAUCAUCACCAUCAACCUCAUCAUCACCAUCACCACCACCCUCACCCACACCAGCAGCAGCAACAGCAGCAGCAUCACCAUCACCACAACCAUCACCACCACCAACAACAGCAACUUGGUAACCAGAACGCCGCCGACCGAUCGCCUGUGGAGAGCAACGGAGGCGGAAACCGUCGUGGCGUAGGAGGCACCGUUGUGGUCAGGGGAGGCUGCAGCGGUGCCAGUACCAGUGGUGCCAGUGGCAGUGGUGCUGGGCCAAGUGGCAGCAGUAACAGCGGUGGCGUUAUAGUCGAAGACGUUAAACCACCCGAAAGUACCAUUACCGUGAUCGUACACCACCCGGACGAGGAACGGGCUCGGUUAGCCCGACUCAACCCCAGACAUUCCGUCAGCGUAGCCGGUAUGAUCGAAUCGCAGGAUUACCAUCGGAGUAACAGCGUUCUCCAGCUGCACCACAACCAGCAACAUCAGUCCGAGCCCACCUACCAGACUCUCACCUCGGUUAACGGUCGGAUGUCACCACCCGGUUACAGUCCAAACUCGUCGUACGCCACUCUCACGCCACUGCAACCGCUGCCUCCCAUAUCGACCAUGUCUGACAAGUUCGUGUACGGUCACUCAAACAGUGUGCCCGGCACGUUCACCGUCAUGCAGAACAACAUCGGUAGCAUGGGCAUGGUGGUAAACAGCCCGUACACGUAUGAAAAAUUGGGCAUGCACUCACCUAACCAUUAUUCGCCGCCACCGGCGCAGCAGCAACAGCAACAGCAGCAGCAACAGCAACAGCAGCAGCAGCAGCAGCAGCAGCAGCAGCACAUGCACCACAUGCCUACCCAACAAGGCUCGCCGAUAUCGCCACAAAGCGCGUCGUACAACCAAAACGGCGGUGGCGGCGGUGGCGGUGGCGGUGGUGGCAACUCGCCACCCAAGAGUAUGUCGUCUCCCAACAGCUGCUACGAAUCGCCGUACACGCAAAUGGGCCCGUCGUCGGCCGGCGUCCGACCGUUAGUCGUCCACAGCCCCGACAUCUGCAGCCAGAACUCGGGUUCGCUUCAAUCGCCACCAUUAACCAACUUCGGGGGCGGCACUGCGACCCUGGCCAACGUUAACGGGCUGACGACGAUAACGCCGCACCCGAACAACAGAGGAAAUGGCGGCGGAGUGGUUGUGUCGCCCCGGCACUCGCCGUCCUUGGUCAUCCAUCCGAUUCAGCCCCAAGAGGUGGUCAUCACCACGUCGUCGCCCUCGCCGCCGGACCAUUCGCAGAGGAUGCAGAUGAUGCACCAGCAGCAGCAGCAGCACCAAACCACCACUACGUUGAUCAAGACCCAAACGACAGUGCUGGUGCAGAACACGUCGGUCACCGUGGCCACGCCGAACGGCCCCGGUUCGGACAUGGAGGAGAUCAACACCAAGGAGCUAGCGCAAAGGAUCAGCGCCGAGUUGAAACGGUACAGCAUACCACAGGCGAUAUUCGCGCAACGCGUGCUGUGCCGGUCGCAAGGCACGCUGUCCGACCUGCUCCGCAACCCCAAGCCGUGGUCCAAGCUGAAGUCCGGUCGGGAGACGUUCCGGAGAAUGUGGAAGUGGCUCCAGGAACCGGAGUUCCAAAGGAUGUCGGCCCUACGUUUGGCAGGUACUUGGGCGGUAGCUACAUAAUAUAAUAUAAUAUAAUAUAAUAUUAUUAUUACAAAUUGUAAUAAUAUUAUCGCGUAGUUAGUUAGCGAUGUAUACGCGCUUAUACUCACCGCAGCCACCGCCGCCGUCGCCUAUGCGUACCAUAAGCACACAACACGUGGUUAUCGAUUUAUUAUUAUUCUUAUAACCGCGACCGUGGUUGUGCGCGAGUAUAAGGCCUACUCGCCGCUACCGCGGCAGCCUUGAAUCGCGACGUGUGUCCGCGGGUGUAAAUUUUCGCCAUAUUUGCGUUAAUUUUUCGCUCAAUUAUUAUUAUUAUUAUUAUUAUUAUUGUUAUUAUUAUUAUUAUUAUUAUUAUUAUUAUUAUUGUUAUUAUUAUUAUUAAUAUUAUUAUUAUUUAUUUGCACCGCGCUUAAUAACUGUUGGUUAUUAUUAUUAUUGUACUUUGUACCGCGAUCACGUGCAGUCGUCCGUCUUUUGUAUUGUCCGCUUUUGCACGAUCUGUAGAAAAACGCGAGGGCAUUCAAGUAGACGAUAACAAUAUUGUCGAUUUUUAUCACGGGUGUAUAAUACGCAAUAUUUUUUAUACGGAAUUCGUACGGUUUUUUUAAUGUUUUCGGAAACGAUGAUUUCUCAGGCCCACCUUGGCUUACCGUACGUGCGGAUUACCCCUAUCAACAUAAUAUUAUAGUGGCCCGUGGCGUAUUAACAAGUACAUUUCUUUAGUUUUCAGUAAGUAAAAAAUGUCCUAGGAUAAAGAGGUCAGGUACAGCCACUGCUAUAAGUAAUUUCGUUUAAACCAUUGCUAACGAAAAAAACGAUUCUGGACAGAGUUCAGUUGGUAGUGCUGCAUUGUCAAUAAUAUAUAUGUCAUAUUAUGUUAAAAUAAUUAAACAGGCAUAUUAUAUUUAAUAAUAUUUAUUUAAUGUUGUACCGAUUUUUCCGGUUUUCCUACGUUUUUCCCGGGUUUUUCACAUUUGGUGGGAAAACUCUUGAGAAAAUCGAAAAACUACCUAUUUAAAGUACCUCUACCUCCUCAGUGAAAUUUCCUUUUAGAAAAAUUGCUACAUAUAAAAAUCGGAAUAAGAUCUCAGGUAGAAAAGUUGACCAUAGAACAAAAAAAAAAAAUUAAACUUUAAAAAUCUUUGUAAAACCAUAAGCUUCUUCGCUCCACUCAGAAUCUAAAAUGACAAUUUAAGCUUUGGUAUAGCUAAUAUAUCAAUAAAAAAAACCCGGUCUUAAACAUUUUAUUGUUCGAAAAGAAACCUAUUCGAAUCGAAGAAGUUAGAUUCGUACCUCGAUAAUAAAUAAAGUACAUAAUUACUUACCUAUAAGACUGCAUCUAUAUAACGUAUAGAGGUGCCCAUAAUACCUAUUUGAUUUCGAUGAUAAUUUUAGAGCGGAUUUUAAUAAAAAAAAUAUGUCUUACACAUAUGAAUUGAUAACGUUUAUUUUUUGUCUCUGCGUGUAUACGUUAUACAGUAUAUGACAGUAAUUUCCAAAUUCAAUGUCUCACUCCUUGGCGAAAUCCUAAUAAACGCCACUUCAAUAUAGGGUGCUCUGCUAUGCGGGACGAUAAAACACAGAGCGGGGCUCGAAUUCCGACCCCGAGCUUUAUAACAAAGUAAUAAAUUAUCGUAGAAUAUCAUUUUUACCGAAGUAUAUAGGUAUUCCGGACACACGGCCGAGUCCGAUAAACCGUACGAGACGCGAGUGAAACCGUCGAGACCGGGUGUCUUGUUUCUACUUUCGGAACUGAAAUCAUAUUUUUUUUUAUUUUUUUUUUUCCAACACUAUACAAUAUAUUAAUAAGGUGUCAUAAUCCGAGAUCAUGUUUCCAUAACGCGCGAUCAUUUUAACAUACGGAUUUCAGACAAUCCGCUAGCUACGAUUCGGAUACCAAACGGAAAAAUCCGCUUUAAACGUCGAUUCUAAAAGAGAAAACGUUUUUAGAUUCUGAGUGUAGCGAAUUUAUUUCCAUAUUUUAUAGACAUUUCGUUAAUCGUAUAUUACUAUUAUUAUUAUUAUUAAAUCAAACACCAAUGAGUUAUUAAAAUUAUAUUUGAAAUUUUUAAGGCCAGAGAGGACAAUACUUAAAGCCCACCGCAUUCAACAUGCCCGUGUAAUACAGAUAUACGAGUUAAUGGCCGGUAUAGUACUAUAUAAAAAAAUAAAAACACCAUUCUCCGUUACGUAGGUAUUCAUAAAAUACGUGUACAAGAGCGCGCGCAUAUCCGGCGGUUGUCGACGAGAUAAUAUAAAACUCGUUUAAAACAUUAACAUUCUGUUAAAAUCGUGCCACCCGUAAUAUUCCGCGUGUAGAAAACGGGCCGGAUAUUCACGGGCACCGUCGCGUCGCCGUCGUCGGUCGUUCUCGUUUUCACGGGCAAAAGAUUUAAAACACACUUCCGGCGUAUCGGUUACGCGCGGGGGUCGCGGUGUGUACGCCACGCGCAUUAUAUUCGGGCACGCGAAUAGGAUGCCUACCCCUAUUCCGCCGCCCCUAUCGCCGCUUCUCCUCCACCACUACGGAGAAGUGGAAAUGCGCAGCGAGAGAAGCGGAAUGAAAUAUUAUAAAUAAAAGAGGGAACGUGUAUACAAUAAUAUAUAUAUAUAUAUAUAUAUAUAUAUAUACAUAUAUACAUAUAUACAGGGUGUAACACGCGAAGAUCCGUUCAAAAUAUUCAAGGUUUUUAUUUUUUGUUGUUGUGAUAAUAUAUCUUGUUAAAUAUAUGUAUUUUUUUUUUUUUUAUGAAAUCCAAGAUAGCCGUUUUAUAAACGUGCAUUUGGUGUUACAAAUAUUUACUAAUGGUGGGUUCUUAAGUUUCCACGAUUGUUUUAAGUUAACAAAAAUCAUUAACAACGGUUAUUUCUUGUAGAAAAAUCGGCGAUUCGAUUGGUGUUAUUAUUAUAUAAUAAUGACAAUAAAAACAUUAAAAUAUCGUAGAAAACUUACGGUUCAUCGUUUGUAAAUAUUUUUAUCAUCGAAGUUUUGUUUCAAAAUAUAUUUAAAAAAUUACUAUUUUGGAAUUUGUAAAAACUUUUUUUUUUUCUAAGUAUAAAAGUAUAAAAAAUAUAAAACAGAUACACGAAGAUCCGACGCAUGCAAUAACUUUUGUUUUAUUCAAUAUCAACAUGUUGUUUAUAAUUUGUAUGCUUGUUUAUUAUAGGUGUGGUCAUAAUUUUUACGAUUUUUUCAAACUUACUAAAAAUACGAAUAUUUUGUGGGGCUAUAGUCUAUAUAUAUAUAUAUAUUAACUAAUAUUUAAUCAGUAGUCAGAGCGUACUAAAUGAUAAAGAAUUUGUAUCCGCGAGUUAAUAUCAUCAAAACGUAUCGAAAAUUUGUAAACAUUUGCCAAAAUAUAGAUAACACAAUGGUUAUUUCGAAUAAAGGUUUUUCGAUGAAAAAUCCUAGUUUGCAAGGCAAAAUCCUUUUUUUUUUUUUUUUUUUUUCAAAGCACUCUAAAAAAUAAUAAUCAUAAAAAAAUCUUAAUGAUGUUUCAACUGUAACGCCAGAGGCAUAUAAAUUAUUAAAAAAAAAAAAAAAAAAAAAAAAAAAAAAAAUAAAGAAAUGAAAAUAUCGAAUGGAACAAAGGUCGUCAGAUUUUCGUGUUACGCUCUGUAUAAAUAAACAUAUGUAUAAAUAUAUAUAUAUAUAUGCAUAUGUAUGUAUAAAUAUAUAUGCAUAUAUAUAUGUAUAUAUAAUUAUGUAUGUAUAUUUCGUGCAAAACGCUACAGUACGAAACUCGAUGGGCGCACACACGCGAUCGGAACCGUAUUAUGUGUAUUGCAAUAAAUUAUGAUUAUCCGGUAGCGGCGGCAUCGGCGAGCAACAGCGGCGCGGCGUAAAAGCCCGGCUGCUGCGAAGGGCCCCGAUCAUGCGAACCGUACGCCACCCCACCAACCCCCUCCUCCCCCAUCCGUUUCGCAAUAACAUUGCUAUUAUUAUCAUUAUCGUUAUUAUCGCCGCCGUCGUUGAAAUACUGUAAUUCGGUCUUUAACGGGCCGGGGUGGACGGACGGACGGACGGACGGGCCGGGGAGGACGGAUUUGCCGGCCGGCGGGUCGGCAAGGCGCGCGGGCCGCACGGCAGACUCGCCGCCGUGUGUCGCGUAUACCAAUAACAAUGCCGGUAAUCGCGUCAAAACAUUAUCUCGUCGACCUGUUUUCGAACGGACGGGGAGAACGUCGGGAAAACGCCGAACUCUUCUAAACGUCUCGUCGAAAUUCACGAUCAUUGACUGCGAACACGUUUUUCGGCGACGAGACCGAUGGUGGGGUGGGGUGGGGUGGGGGGGGGGAGGAGAAAAAUACCGACAGAACCGUUGUAUUAUUUUAACAAUCGUAUUGCGGUUCGCAUGACUGUAAAAAAUACCUAAUAAUAAUAAUAAUGAAUGACGAAUAUUAUAAUAAUAUAGUUUAGCUAACGUAAUGUUUUAGUUGAUUGUUAUAACGCUUAUUUAUAUUUUGUUGUUUGUUCCGUACAUAACGUUAAACACUAUAAUAAAUCAUUAAUAAGCGAUUGGAAUCGUUACGAACCGAUUAUCACUAUUCGGAUCAUGGAAAUUGAAACAUAGUCCGAUCCGACAUUUUUUUUUUUUUUUUAUAUAAUUUCGUAAUAUUCAUUUAAAAUUAAAUCGAUGUUUUACAUAUUUUAAUAUUACGACUAGAGUUGGCGAGUAUUGUAUAGCGUAAUCUUAGACGAUAUUAUUAUUGUUUGUUUCAGUUAACGUUAUAGUUUCCGUAAAAAAACAUCUUCGUGUGAGUGAUUACGUUUAAAAAAAAAAAAAAAAAAAUUUAAUCGACUUAAGAGAACGGACACACGUACGUUAUUUACGUUCAGCAGGGACGAAUUCGCGCUGUUAAUUUUAACAUUAAAGUGCACUGGUCCAUUAUCAAACUAUUUUAAUGUACGAGUAUAAGAAAGUAUAAAUUAAACAUUAUUUGUGUUUUGUCGUUAUUUUGAUUUUCAAGCGAUUUAUGAACGUGUGAAAUAUCACAAUUUUAUUUAAAAAUGCUUAUAACAUUAUCUCGACCAAUAAUUUAACGAACAAAACACAAAAAACAGACAAUGUUUUCACGUGUAUUAUUAGUUUGAUAACAUGGUCAACGCAUUCCAAUAAUAAAACUAUUAGCACCGUAGUCGUCCCUGUUCAACGCGAACUUGUUUUACGUAAAACGCAGACAAUUUAAAUGUACGACGUGCGUUGUCCUCUUAACCUCAAUCUGGAUUGUAUGGAUUUAAUAUAUUGUUAUUGUUGUUAUGGUACUAUUAACCAAACAAUAGUAUUCGAUCCACAAGACCAUAUAGUAUACGAAUAAAUAUCCGUAAUAUUAUUUUAAACGGCCGAUAACAUAAUACCGUUUAGGUACCACAACCAUAUACCUAAUAUAGUUAAUCUAAUAUAACAUUUCGUUCGAUUCGUUAAAUAUUAACAAUUAUAUUUUGAACGAAAUAUUAACGUCAGGAAUGUCAUAUAUUAUUCGUUUUAUUCGCGCUCAUGGCGUAUUAACUAUUAAUCAUUUUUACAACCGAAAUUUACAACAUACUCGUAAUGUGUCAAAUAUAUACGGUUUUAAAUUUCGAAAUAAAUUCGUAUAUAUGUAUAUAAUUUCAUAAGUUGUUCGCUUGAUAUUCAGAUAUUUCAUCAACAAACAUCUUAUCGGAGUAUUUCCACAUUUUACCGUACAGAGAAACUUACAAACUUCAGAAGUAUUUUGUAGCGAUGAUUUCGUCGCGUUUUCCAAACACGUGGUUUUCCGGAAAACGUUGGGUUUUUCCUUUGACAGCAGGACCGAAUUUACGACAAUAACCCCAAUCACUCACUCUUGAAAAAAAAACAAAAACUUUAGCUGGAAACUUAAAAACUUCAUAGAUAUAUCGAUGAAAAUUUGCUCGGCUAAAUUUUAUUAGUUUUUGAGAUUUUAUAAAAGUUAUAGACGUUAUAGAUACCUUAUAGUUAAAGUAUAACUUGGGUUUUAGAACCUUAUAAAAGUUAUAAAUGUUUUUUUUUUUUUGUGUCGAUGCCAUACCGGCUGUUUAAAAUGACAAAAAUAAAAUAUAUACACUUUUAAAAUGGCAUUUUAGAUUCCCGAAAUUCGAAUAAAGUGUGUUUUAUUUCUCUAUCACAUUCGAUAUAAGCGAUAUUACAUUUACACACUUUGAUUACUUGCCUACGUAACGUCAUUAGAAUCGCUUUUAAAAUUGUAUUCGUUUUAUACUUAUACAAUAACUGUUUUGAUUAUAAUUCAUAUUAUGUUAUAGGUGUACGUAUAUAGUCUUUUUUAUACCUACACUAGCUGCUUUCUGUCGCUUAUUUUCGAGUACUAGCUUAUUACUAGCGUACGGAUAAUAUUAUUAUUUUUGUAUAAUAUAUUAUAUUAUAAUAAUAUACAAUUAUUUGUUUAAACGAAAAGAAAAUAGCUUAAAGUUUUAAACUUUCAGAUGAUACUUCUUCUCAACUCGGCCAAGAACUAGAAGGUAAGUCGAGAAUUAUUUUAAAAUAUUAAUUUGUAGACAUAACAUAUAUUAUAUUAUAUAAUUAAUAAAUAACUGUAGACCUAAUACUUAAUAAUGAUCAAUGAACAAUAAUAAUAAUAGGUACAAAUAAUUCUGUGAUCUGUUUGAAAUUCGAACGAAAUCUGUCGAUGAUGUGUAAUAGAUACAAUUAUAUUAUUUCAUAAGCGUUUCGCCAUGGGUUUGAAUACUCUAAUCUCACGGUAAAGGCUAAAAAUUCGAAUACGACGUGUAUGAAAUAACUAUAAGUAAACCAGUGGUUUUCAACCUAGGAGUUGCGACCACAAAGCGGUUACGAACGAAAUUCGGGAAGUCGCAAAACACCAGCAUGUACCUAUACUUUAUAGCGCAAAAUUCAAGUUCUAUUCAACAAUUUUUGAAGGGGUUUGUUUUACAUGAAAAAAAAUUAAGAUAUUGUGAUUCGUAAAAGGUUGAAAACCACUGUUAUAAAAUGUAUAACAAUAGUACGGUAUGUCGGUAUAAUAAUAUAACAAAGGUCAAUAAGAAGUUUAAAUUUUCGAACCGUAUUACAUCACUACAACUGCAGUAUGCAUCCGUCUGACAAUAAAUUCGAUUUAACUAUUAAAAAAUAUAAUAUAGGAAAUUGUUUAAAGCAGACUGGCGGUAUUAUACGUAUUAUAUAUCCCAUAGGCGAUCAUCCAAUCGUCCUGUUUCGUGAAAAAUAGCGUUUACUCCGCUGUAUAUAUUUUGUAGACCCGAACGAAUUCCGCUAUACAUGCAAGAGAACACGUAUACAUUAUCAACGUGAACCCGACAUUACUCUGAAUAAUAAAUUUGAAACACACUAUAUAAACGAAAUAUUUUGAUUCAAGCAAAAAAAAAUAAAUAAACAAAAAUACCGCUAAAGUUUGAUGUUUCCGUGUGUAAGUAUAAUAGAGUAAAUUAUAUUAUUGUGUUAUAUUAUGGUUGUAUAUACACAAGGUUUACUAGUGCACACAUUUUGCGAAUACGGUACAAUAUUUAUGCCUCGACGCUAUCAGAUUUUUAAAUUUCAAUUUUUUUAUGGGCAGUUACACUUGAAUUUCGGACUUUGAAUGCGAAAAUAAUAAAAAUACCUAUUUGUAUUUUGUUUUUUGUUUUUUUUUAUCAAUUUUCGCUAUUAUUUUAUUGCAGAAAAGUUGCAUUAUAUACACUAUGGCAUUUAGGUUUAAAUUUGAGUGUAAGAACAAAUUACAAAAAUGUAAAGAUCAAAAUACUUUUGAGGUCAGUACGCAGUUCUGUGUCAACGGUGAAUUCGGAUAAAAUCUUUUGGAAUAAUACUUUUGUACGUUUUUAUUUUAUAUAAAUAGUUCGUAACUUUUGAAACGCGUUUAUUUGUUUAAUUAUAUAAUGUAAUAUAUACCACCAUUGACGUGCUGAGAAUUCAAAAUGUAUGUAAUAAUGCGUACGUAAUAUAAUACAUACAAGUACUAUUAUUAGGUCACACCGUAUAAUAUGAUGUAAUGAUUAUUAAAAUACCCUCAAACAAUUAGUCAACUUGAUUUGAAAUAUGGAAUUUAAUUUAAUUUGCCCGGACCAAUUUAAUAAUUAGUUAUCGACAACGGUUCGCAAUGUAUUACAAUAUAUCAAAUUGAAUGAACAUUAGAAUAUUGUAAUAAUUAUUGUUAUUAUUAUGUAGAUGAUAGGUACUUGUUUAUUAUGCUUUUGUUUAUUUAAUAAUCUUAUUUGAUGGAUGAUAUUUUAUUCUAUUAUAUUUCAAUUAAAUAUUAUUUGAACAUUCUGAAUCAAAAUUAUGCACUUUAAUUAUAUCAUUCAUAUUCAUUCAUUGGGGUACCGCUAGACAAUAUAAUCACAGAAAGUAGUUUUACAGAGUGUAGUUUUUGAGAAAGUAAUCAUAUUCGCAUAAAACAAUAUCUCAUUGAACAAAAUUCGGAAUUUCAUUGAAAAAUUUCAUUUCAUAAUACGUUACUCGGAUAUAAUUUGAAUAUUUCAUUUUUUAAUUCCUUGAUUUUUUCUUGAAGGAUCAUAUUGAUACGAUUCCAUUCAGUUUUAUCCUUUGGAUGUCUACGAUAUCGGAUAAUAACGAAAGUAGCACAGGAAAUUGGUCAAAUGUUAGUACAAUUAGGCCUUCAGUUUCAACAUACUCGUAAUUAUAAGAGAUACUAUAGUAACAAAGAAAUUAAGUAGAUCAGUGAUUUUAUUCAGAUCGAUCGGCCAAUAGGUUGGCUUCCUGGUAGAAAUUAUAUCAGCAUAGAUGAAGUUAACUGAAUUAAUCUCCACUGAAAACGAAUAAGUCUCUUAGUUUUUGUAAAAAUUUAGCGAAUUUAAGUGCAUCAACGCUUCCUCAAGGUGGGCAAUAAAUAGUCGUAAUUGUGAGGUCUUUUUUCCCGUCAUUAAUACGAACACUUGUGGCUUAUAUAUGUGUAAUUCUGAGUGUUUAUGAAACCGCUUUGUAGACAUUUUUAUGAUCACAGCCGUACCUCCUUGUACUUUAUCGCUUAUACAAAGAGUAGUGUAAAUGAUAUAAUUCUUGAAUUUCAAAAAAGUCCAUAAUGUGAAAUGUACAAGACUCCUUCCCUAUAUACGCUACUGGACUCAGUUUCAAUCUAACUACAUAAUAAUUAUUAUUAUAUAAUAUAAUAUAUAUAUAUGCGUGUGUGAAUUAUAUCGCUGCCCCCCCACCAAGAUAAAUCCUCAAAUGCACCACUAGCUUAAUUUGGAAGGGGGGUUUUGAUACAUUUUAGGAAUAACCCCCCAAGUCCCUUCUUUUUGUGCUAGUGAAUCUAUUUAUAAAAUAUAUUGUUGAAUACAAACGUUAAUGGAUUACUUGUGCAAAGUCCUUUGGAUUUAUGUAUAAUACACAGUACAAAUUCGCCAUUACAUCUCCGUAAUAAUAAUAAUAAUAAUAAUAAUAAUGAAUAAUAGUUCGUUUCGAAUAAAAAUUACACAUAUUAUACUGAAAUAAUACCAAAAGAAAAUAUAUACAUAUGCAUAUUGUAUUAGAAACGCGAUAUGGUGCGCCUAUCUAUAAAAAGAAUAAUAAUAGUGCACUAGCCAUGGGGAGAAAAAUGAAUCGAGGACAGUGACCUGCGUCGUCUAUGUAAUAUUAUCAAAGUCGCCGUUGGCAACAGCACAAAAUAUAUAUGCGCUCGUACAUCGAGAACGUCACCCCUUCUGUAUUAUACUAUGGGGAAAAAGAACUCUUUUAAAAAAAAUGACGUCAUCGUGUUUUAGAAUUAAAAGGGAGUAUAGUCAAGUGAAUGAUAACACAGGGCGACAAAAUAUUAUUAUUAUUAGUAUGUAGGGGAAAUUUUUAUAUGUAAGGAGUAUAAAACCACCGCCAAACAUUAAGGUUCUUUCUUUAUUCGUUUUAAAAUUAAAAAUAAACGGACAUACAUCGCACGAUGAGUGGCCACUGUUAUAGGUGAAAAGUUGGGAAGGUUGAGGGGGAAUUUAAUGUACGCAAACAUUAAUCAUUACUAACGAAAAAAUAAUCUGAGCGGAGUUUAAUAAUACAUGUUUUCAUAGGCCGUAAUAUUUAUGAUUUGAAAAUAAUACAUUUCGUAAUCUUUUACGUUUUUUUCUCGGUUUUUCCCAUUUAUUAUGAAAACUCUCGAGAAAAUCAAAAAAUAUCUUCCUUCAAAUACUAUUCCAGUCAGAUUUACUUUUAAAAAAAGUGCAACACUUGAAAAUCGGAUCAAAAUUUCUGAUAAAAAAGCUGUUUACAGAUAAUACAAAAUUAAUAUCAUUGUAAAACCAAUACAUUCCUCGCUCCGCUUAAAAUCUAAAAUUAAAAACAAAAAAUAUCUGUUAGUUUUAAAAUUUAAAUUAAUUAUCAACUGAACAUAUAUUUAUGAAUUUGUUUAAAUUGAUUUUUUUCUUGGUACCCUGUAACUUAUUAUACAGUUUUGAUUUUUCUUUAUAUAGCAUAUACAUGAUUAAAUAAGAAAAUCGUUGUGACGUGAAAUUUUGAUCACCUUGUCCAUAAAAUUUUCAUAUUCAUCAAUUUCAGUUUUUUUUCAGUCUCAUCCCAUGAAUUUGUGUAUAUGCAUAAAAAAUGCGCUACAAAAAGUUUCAGAAUGAUCUAUUAAGAUUAACCCACACCGACUUGAAUUUAAAAUUUGAGUACAUUAAUUCACUCGUAACUUAAUGAUAUGUUUCACAUUUGUAUGAAUAUCUCAUUUACAGAUUUAAAAUUUAAAUUUUUACAUUGUAUGUUUUAAAUAAAAUUGUCUAAAAAUUAUAUUCUUACAUAUUUCUUCUUAUUUAUUUUCAUUUACAAUCUAUAUUGAUGUAUGAAAGUAUUAUUUUUUCAAAAUUUUAUUAUAGAUUGCAAUAUAUUCAUUAGAAUUGAUUUUUCAACGUUUCUUUUUUACAGUCAGGGUAUAGUCGUCUGUAUUCUUGGACACAGCGUAAGAGCAACUCAGUCUUCUCAUCGUCUUCGGUUAUACUACCAUGAAAAUCUCCCAUAAGUUUAACUGCUCUUUCCGCUUUAUAAUAUACUACAUUUAACGAAAUUACAAUUUCUCUUCUAUGUAAAUAGUUAAUUUGGGUGUUCUGUGUACUCGGAUCAUUAUUAAAGAAGUCUGUACUAAUACCAAAUCUAGGAAAAAUUGCAUACUAUUCUUAGAUAUAAAGGAGGCCAAUGUUUUUUCUAAACAAAUUUAAAUUUUUUUUUUCUAUUAAUAACCUUACAGCUUACAUAAUAACUAAAUAACAAAAACGAUAGUUAUAUACUUGAACAAAUUUCGCCAAGAUCUUGAAAUGAAACAAUAAGUCGCUUAGUUGGUUGGAUAUUUCCAUAAUUGUUAAGUGACUGUACCAUUAAUCUAUAUUAUACAUAUAGAUUAUACAUCGCACCCUCGAUAAUUAGAUAAAAUAUAAUUUUCCUUAUUAUCAUACAAUCGUCGACAAUAUUUGGUAUACAUUUCGUGUGUAUAAAUGACGGGGCGCUGCUCGAGACGAAUUUAUUUAUUUAAGUCAUUUAUUAUAUUUAAAUGCGCUCGUGUACACUUAUGUACACUUUUUUCCUACUAUCAUCUGUCAUUCCGUACGGUGUAUACCGCUAAUUCUGUGCAAUGGUGUAGACGUAUAGUGAAAUUGUAUCGACACGAGUACAAAAUACGAUCGUUUUUCAAAAUUCAUUGAUUUCGACGGUGUAGACUGUAGAUUCUAGUAUUUGAUAAGUAUUUUGUAUAUGAUAAGUACUUUAAUUUGAUAAAUGUUAGAAAAUUAACAAUAUAAUAAACUACGAUGUAAUAUUGUUACGAUCGAGACCAUAAUGCAAUACGACAAUUAUGUUCCACUUCACAUUAUUAUAGUAUUAUACCACAUAUGCUCGUGUAAUGCGUUUUCAUUGACCAUAUGUGGUGUACAGGAGUGUAGUUACGAUCAAAUAUGUUAUGAGUAUUGUUGACAAUAAUUAUUUGUUGUAUAGGUAUCAUAACUUUUUAAUCAAUUCCUUAAAUUUCAACCCUAACUCUUUACUUAAGUUUUACUUAUUCUUUAGAUACUAUUUUAGUGUGUUUAUAAAUACCAAAGAGAGCAAUAAUAUGCCGUAAAUACAGUUAACAGCCAAUUUCUAUAGAUUGCAUAAUUACACACCAAAAAAUAAUAUUAUAAACAUCAACAAUGAAGUUGUUAUCAUUAUCAGUCUUGUCAAUUCUGUUAGGUUUUUACAAUAGCAUUAAUAAUAAUAAUAUUAUUAUAAUAUUCAAUUUUUGUUUUCGUCUGACAGAACUUCUUGUAUUUUUUACAAUUCCAAAUAACCCUCACCAUUCGUUUAUAUCAAAGAAAAAAAUCAAUACGCGUUGUUGUUUUUUUUUAUCGUGAUGAGAAACCUUUCAUUCUGUAAUAAUAUUAUUGUUUACUUGAAUGGAAUGAAGUUUUCAAUAAUAUUUUUAUUGGUUCAUUAAUCAUAAAUUAUAAAUGAAUCUCUACUACGUGAAGCAGUAUUGACUUUAUCACUCGUUCGUUUUUUUUUUCUGACGACUACCUAUGAUAAUAAUAUGCCAUAUAUAAUUUGUCAGAUAUCUAAAAAUAAACACUGUAGGGUAGUCAAUGAUUUUCAGUUAACAGUUAACAAUAUAAUACGUAUAGUAAAUUUGUAAAUUGUGUUAAGUUAGAUAUAGGAAAACAAAUUAUGAGUAAAUAAUAUAUAUACCUAAUGUGUAUUCUGUGAUUUUUUUUUAACUGUACUUAAGUGUAACACCUCAAAACUAUAUUAUUAAAUUUCAAAACCUCUGAACAGGACAUGCAUAAAAACAGUGUUCCCAAAUUUUAUGUAAAGACAUGUACACGUAAGACAGGUGUAACGACUUACAGGUCAAAUUUCUGAAUUUCGGACGUACAGCAAUAAAAUCGUUUCGAAUAAAUGUGUAUAUUUUUCAUUAUUGUAAUAGUAUAUUAUAGGUAGUAACUAUAGUGCAGUUAGAUAUACUCUAGAAUUAAACGUCAUAAAUAUUAAAUGAAUUGUUUGACUCCGGUAUAUAUUUCGUAUUAAAACUAACCUACAUAAUAAUAUCAACCAUUUUGAAAACGAUUUAAUCGAUAUCCGCAGUUAUUUGUUUGAUUAGACGACAAUUAAAGCGAAUAAUAACAGUUCGUGUGUAAUGCAAUAUUGGCCUGGCACACCAAGGGCGCCUGAAUCAUUUUGUUAUCAGUUAAAAAAUACAAAGGCCAUGGAAAUCUAUGUGAUAUUGGGUCCGAAGUCUGUGUCACUAUUUCUAAAAAUAUUAAUGGGUUUCACGGUGACAGGGUAUGUAUACAGAGUGUCCCAUGAUGAUUUGAGACUGGAAAUGAUAUUUAUUAUGUUCAAUGUUUUAGAUUCUGAGCGAAGAAUUGAAUGUAUUGGUUUUACAAUGAUGUUUAUUUUUGUUUAUCUGUAAACAAUUUUUGUAUCAGAAAUUUUGCUUCGAUUUUCAAUUAUAGCACUUUGUCUGAAUGAAAAUCUGACUAAGGUAGUACUCUAAGGAGAUUAUCUUUUGAUUUCCCAGAAGAUUUUUAAUAAAUAGGAAAAAUCGAAAAAAAUCGGAAGAAAAACAAGAAAAUGUACGAAAUGUAUUAUUUUCAAAUCGUAAAUAUUACGGCCUAUUAAAAUAUGUUUUACUGAACUCCACUUAAAAUUGUUUUUCGUUAGCAAUGAUUAAUGUUUGCGUAAAGAUAUAUAUCGAAUUUCCCUUCAAUCUUCCCAAAUUCUUAUUUACAACAGUGGCCCAUUCAUCGUGUGAAGUAUGUCCAUUUGUAUUUAAUAUAUCUAUUAUAUAUUUGUAAAAAAUUAGUAUACAUCUGCGCCAUAAUUAAUAUAAUACUUUUUUUUUUAGAUGUAGGAACUUAAAAUAAAAAUUAAAAAAUCUAUACAUAUAUUAACUGUAGCGCAGAGGUAUAGUAAUUAUUUAAAAGAAUAUAGUUAUUUAUUAAAUAUAUUAAAUAGAAAAAAAUAUAUUUCAUGUGUCAGAUCACCGAGAGACACUCUGUAUAAAUAAUAGAUAUGAUGUUAUAUUCACGUUUGUGAAUACAAACGUGAUUUUCUAUGACUUUUCAGUAAUUUGUGUAAACAUUAACUCUCUCUCUCACACAAAUAUUAACAAUAAAUUAUUACAUUUUAUUAUUAUACUGCAGUCUAAAAUAAUUAAAAAAUAGUUAAAUAGUUAGUAUCUAAAAAUAUUAUGCGUAUAUUUAAUAUCUGGAUAAAAAAAACAAUCAGUAGUUAAUUGACAAUAUUUUAUAAAUGUUGAAGUUUGGGGCCCCCCAGACAUAAAUACUGGCUCCAGAAAUACUUAUACCAGCUAUACCUAUAGGUUUUUUGUGAAAUUCGACGAGUUUAGUAUAAUUAUUACAUAGUUUUUUUGUAGGUGCAGAUGCGGAUGCUGCACAUAAUAUCAUUUGUACCCGGUAGUAUUAAAUUCGAAUUUAAUUUUGAAAACUAUACAUCGUUCAAACGUAGUUUCAAAUCGUUCACAGGUACUUUACAUUUUUGUGCCCCGGUUGGGGUAUAAUCAGGAUGGAAUUUAAUUAUUUUAAUAUUGUUAUGUGGCCGCGUUUCUAUUAAGUUUUUAAAAAACAAUACCUACUUAAUCAGAGAGUUGAAAACGACGCCUGCGGUGGAUACUCAAAUGUGACACGAACAAUUGUUGGAAAAUUGUUGACGCGUCUCCGGUAUUGAUAAAACGCUGGAAGCCGAGGAUUAUCGUGUUUCGUGUGGUUAGUUUUAUAAACUUUCCAGACUGCUGCAGUCCAUAUUAAAUUUAAAUGGUGACCCUACAAGGUCAUCGCAUGGUAUAUCAAAGGGCCUAAUUCGAAAACGUGAUUUCAAUUGCACCAAAACAAAUACCCGAUGAUAACAUUUAGUAUAAUAUUAUUAUACGUCUGAAGACAGACUGGGGACGAUUCGCUCCCAAUCUGACCUACCCUAGAGGAUUUGUAAAUCAAUAGUUACUGUUUUUUUUUUUUUAGAAAUAAUCUAAUUUUAUUCUAAGGUACAUCUAAUACGGUAAAGCGGACUAUAUUCUAAUAAAUAUGACCCAACAAUCAUCAAUCUCCGAAAUGUUUAAAAUAUAAACAUUACAAAUAUAAAAACGUUGCUAGGUAUUUCAAUGGUUUUUUUAAAAAACAAUAAGACGAAUUGGCUAAAAGCAUAAAAAAUUGUUUAUUAAAACCAACGGCACAAUAUGUGACAUAUUAAAUGAAAAUUUGCUGUUUUACGUUUUUAAGAUGGAGGCAGUAAAUGUUGGUGUGGCGUCUUCUUAAUACGUUUUAGAUUCAGAGGAAUGUAUUGAUUUUACAUUGAUAUAUUUUCUUUUUUCUAAGAGAAACUAUUUUACUAGAAAUUUUUUUCUCAUGUCUUAAAUGUAGCAAUUUUUUUGAAAGGAAAUUUAAUCUACUCCGUACUUUAUAAAGUUUGUUUUUUUUGUUUGAUUUUCUAAACGAUAUUUUUAAUAAUUGAUAAAAACAGGGAAAAAACUUAGGACAAGCGGAAAAAUUUAUGAAAAUAAUGAUUUUAUUAUUAAAAUUUUGUUUUUUGUUGUAAUUCAGUUUAAUAAUAUUCGUAAAGACUUGAAAUUUAGACAGAAAACUUAUAUUUGCCUUUUUUAGACGUGGUAAAAUACACUCUAUACUGGACUAUAUUUCACAUUUUUUUUGAAUUUGAAAAUGUAUUUUAUAGAACUGAAUUGUAGUGUACGUCUAUAGAGUGAUAAAUCUUUCGUAAGACACUCAUUAUCCCGGAAAGUAUUAACUUUUUUUGGCAUUUGUUUUAUAGAACAUAUAAUUAACAAGCAGCUUUACAAUUUUACAUUUAUGUUAUUUUUUAUUACCCUUAUUUUUUGGGGUAAAACCAUUACCUAAUUUUGAUUUUUAAAUGACACUCUACAUUAAAAAUUCUAUAAAUAUAUGGAGUAUUAGUUAAAAUAAAUGUUGAUAUCUUUGAUUUUUGUCAAUCCGUUGAUGAGAUAGUCUUCUUUUGAGUUUGGGUCAGGGGAGAUUUGUGGAGUAUUAUUAAAACGCCUCCACUAAUAAUGCUCCACUAUUCUCCCCUGACUAUUCUUCACUCUGUGGUACUUCAAUUGAAACAAAUUCCAAGAUAACCAACAGUUUUUCUAAACAAUUUAAAAUCCUAAAAGUAACUGAUAGCAUUGAUGCAUUGAUUAUAUUUUCGUUGAUUUCUGAGAUACUUUGGCUACGAAGAAAAACCCACGAACUUACUAGUUUGCUAAACUCUACUUAGAAUAGUUCAAGCAAUGAUGUAUCGUUGCUUUCAGUGUAAUAUUAUGAACUAAAUUGUGUUCCAUACUUUUCAAACUUUCAACCUACACAACAUGUGGCAUACCCAUGUUACGAAAUAUAUCCUUUAGCUUUUUAAAAUCGUAUUUUUUAUACAUUUUUUUUUAAAAAUUUUUUCUGAAAAUUCAUUUUUAAUAUCACUUUACUACAGCACCGUAAUCGUGCACUGAAUCGUAUAUUGAAUCAAUAAUCAUAUUGGCACGAGAUUAUAGUACCUACCCACCUAUCCGUGAAAAAUUAUAAUAUUAGUUUGCAGCGUCCGCAGUUACGCGUUUUAAAAAUAAUACACAUUUUAUUUAAUAAACGUUUGUGAUUAUAAACGUAUAAAACUACGCAUGAAGGCACAUUGUUGAUAUAGGAAUUACGUUGUUACUUUGUAGGUACAACACGUGACGAACAAACACGAUGGUAUAAAAUACACUAAACGUUCGCACGCGCCAAUAUCGAAUGACACGCUCAAGACCCGUUAUAUAAUACUAAUAUAGAUGUUACACGUAUCCUUUAAUAGCCUCCUUUAUAUUUACCUAUACAGUGUGAUCUAUUUAUCACGAACCGACCAAUUUCUCGGAGGAUUUUCAGUGAAUUUGAUUUUUUUUUUUUUAUCAUAUUACAUCGUAAUUGUUUAAGUUUUAGUAUUAUAUUAUUUUCUUUGUUUUAUUUCUAUUCCUUAUACCAGGAAUAAAUAUACAAUUUGAAUUUUCAACUAGGGAAAAGUUAGAUCAAUCUAUCAACUAAAACAGAUAUGAAUUGUAUGAUCCUUCCCCACUUCUGAGGUAUAAAUUUCAAAAUGUUUUAACUCAUAAAAGGUAUAAUAUAUAAUAAUAUAUAUAUAAAAGGUAUAAUAUAUAAUAAUAUAUAUAUAAAAGGUAAUAUUAUUGUUUUACAUAUUAUCAAAGUGUUUAAACAAACUAGGUCUUUGGCUACCAGUGUUUAUCCACAAUAGUUUAUCAAUACUAUUUUCCGAUAACAACGGGAAUUGAUGUUAGAACGAUUAUUACCGUUUAUUAACGAUUCUUAGGUAUGACUUGGGGCGUAAAACGUAACCACCAAAAGUGGGCCUUUUUUUUUUCCACCAAUACUCGUUUUUACCAAAUAAGAUAUGACCACGUUCCCACUAAAACAAUUUGUAUUCUACUUUAUAUUAAAAACUGUAAUACAGCAAUAAAAUAUACAACAUCUUUGUAUAAUACCUCAGUAUAUCUUUCAAUUUUUAAAAAAUAUUCAACUAAUUAUAUUUUAUAAGUACAAUAUACAAAGCUAAGGUAUACUAUAAUAUUAAAUUAUUUUUAAAAAUCUGAUAUGCAACGCCGGAGGAUAUCCGGUUUGUAGUAUAAACUUUGCGUCCGUUCCGGUUGGUUAAAAUUAAAAUUUAAGGAUUCCGGUUCGUAAAAAUCGACAGUAUCACAAUCUAGAAGAUUAAAAUUAUAAAAUUUCGUUUUGACAAAAUAUAAUAUUAAUAUAAUAAUUAUAAUAUAUUUAAUAUAGAGAGAAGUUCAAUUUGUAUAGACGUCCAAGAGGCUUCACCUGACAUCACGCGUGUCGCUUCUUCGUAUUAUCGCAAUAAAAACGUAAACUAUUUAAUGAUCGAAAAGUACCCACAGACUACGAUACAAUCAAAUCCGUGACCGCAAUAAAACGUAAAAAUAGUAUUUUUAAAAUACCCAAUUUACUAUUGUCUAUCGAUAACAUAUUCUAUCACAAACGAUGUAUACUGUAACGAACUUUAUCUAUGGAAUAUCUGUAAUCUGUAUGUGUGUAUUUUGUAUACCUACCUAAUUAUAUUUUGAAUGUAAAACUGUAAAAUCUGACAAGUGACAAGGUCAUAAUAUAUUUAGUCCGGUGUUUUACUCCGGUCGGACACUUGGUGUAUCCGUAUAUGCAUGAGGUGCAUUUUUCUUUUAAGUAAUAUAAUUAUAAAUUAUGAGUUCGUUUUUAUUAAAUUGGGUCAACAAACGUUUGAACGAUUCCUCAGGAAUAGAAAAGCCUAAUAAAAAAGUUGCAUUAGAAUAUCCUGAAACGAUCGUCGAAAAUGUUGAAAGUUCUGAUUGUGAUGUACAUAUCCCAACUUGCUGGAAUAAAAGUCAGUAUGAGGAGUUUAAAAUAUCAUAUAAUUGGUUAGUUGUAGAAAAUAAAAAGUUAGGUUAUACUGUAUAUAAAAAAAUAAUGAAACUAGGAUUAUUUGACGAAAAGAAUGUUCGUAUUUCAAAACCUUGGCGAGAUUAUUCAAUAGAGUCAAAUGGAUAAACAAUAGAUUCCCAAAUGUCUAUUUUACGAAAAAAAAUACAUGAACAUAAAAAUUCGGAGGGCCAUAUUAAAGCAACAAAUAUUUUAUAGCAAUCCGAAAAAAAACAGAUAGAAAAAAGUUAUUGAAGAGUUACAACGGGCGAAAUACUUAACGACUGAAAAAGUCUUUAGAACGGUUUAAAAAAUAAUUAAAAAUCAAAGACCAUUUGUUGAUUUACCGAUAGAUAUCGAUUUACAAGUAUUAAACAGGAUUAGUAUGGAGAACAUAUUACACUCAGAUAAAACCUGUGCGAACAUUGCGCUCCAUCUGACAAUGGAAAUGAAAACAAUUAUUUGUAAAGAUAUAAUUUAAAUUUUAACACCCCUCAGAUCUUCAUUAAAUAUUAGUACAGUUUUUGCACUUUUAUUUGUUAAUUGUGUUGACCCCCCACUCAGUGAAUUUCGUCCUGAAAAAUAUGUACGCUCGUGGUUAGUCAAAGGUAAUAAUUCAGUUGAUGACACUGCAAGUCGCAAACGUGAAAAAAAAAUUGACGACAAAUACUCAGCAUUAUGGAAAUUAUUAUAAACUAUUUAUCAAAUUUGAAUUGUAUAACUACAUUUUGUAAGCUUAAAAUUACUUAUAUUAUUUGUAUCUAUUUAACCAACAAUAUUGUAUUAUAAAGUAAACAAAAAUUAAAAUUAAAAAUUAAUAUUAUAAUUUGCAUAUUAAUUUUAUGAGCGUUCCGGUUUGUAAAAUUUUCCAUUUCGAGCACUGGAUUGAAAUGUCUCGUUUGUGAAAUUACGACACUACAGUAAAACAUAGAUCGCUAAUAUUAUGUGUUCAUGUGGUGAUCGUUACUACUACUCUCACUAUAAUAAUUAUAUCAACUAUUAUACAUACAUACACGAUAGUGUGAUAAUUUUGUACUUUUUACACGACAAUAGGCUCACGAUAGUAAUUAUUGUGAAUUUCGCAGUAACUAUCACCAUGCCGACCAUGAGGAAAAAAGAAAAAAAGAAAAAUUUGCGACAUUAACAAUCUAUAUUUGUGUAUCUACAAGUAAGAAAAUCGUAUAUUUGAUUUUCAAACAUAAACAUAUCGACGGCGAAAAAAAUAUUAAUCGAGAAAAUAAAAAUUUUUAAAAAAAAGUCUUCUCGUAUAGCUGUUAUACUGUUUUCUGUUCAUGUUUCUAUGUGUCUGAUAUGUAUUGGAAACCCAAAAAAAAAAAAAAAAACGGGGGAGGGGAAAUCCCUCCCCACACACACACUGUGAUUGGGUUCCAAAAAUGUCGUCUGCAGUAUUCACGUAGUUUCCGAGAUAGUAUAAUAGCUAGCUAUCUCGAGAAUAAUAAAAACGACAAAAAAAUACACCGUUCUAUGGCUUACACGACGGGAUAACGUCAAUAUAAUAUAACAACAUAAAAAUAAAAAAUAAUAAUCGCGCCGGUAUAAGGCUUCUUGUAUUAUGUUUGCCGCAUUUUUAUCGUGGAUGAACAUAAUAAAAAUAAAAAUAAUCAUGUUUUUUAGGGAUACCGAGGCUCCCUCAAAUCAUACAUUGUCAUCGAUUACCGUUAAUCGAUUGUGUAGACCAUACGGAGCAUACGCGUAUUACGAGUGGGGUGUACUUACUACAUCAGGUGUACGCUCGUGCAAUACAAGGACACCGAUGCACAAUGGUUUAAUUGUUCCGAAUCGAUCGGUCUCGCGCUCCCCUUGCUCUUUAUUAUUUCUAUUCCACGUGAAACCACUUCACAACGAUAAUUUGGUGGGCAUAUAAUAAUAAUAAUAGCAAUAAUGAUUCUCGUAUAUAUAUAAAUAUAUUAUAUAAUAAGCGCAAAUCGCAGGGGUGCCGAGGGUACUUUGCUACUAUCCCCUUGCAGGAUUUUCAAUCUGGCACCACAAGACACGGAAAAAGAUUGAAGCCGAAUCCGCCAAUAAAACCUGGAAGUCUAUGUAUAAACCUCUUAAAUAGAGGCAGUAACAAUGUACAGUGUGUUUUACUCGAAUGGUAACACGCAAUAUUUCAACAAGACGGACUUAGAACAUAAUGAUUUUUUUUUUUAAGACCAUGGAAGUCAAUAUACACAAAAUACAUAUUUUGCGUACAUUUUCAAAAUUGUUAACCCUAUAGCGGUGUGCGCAAUAAAAUUUAAGUUUGUAAAAUAGAAACUUCUAUAUUUAGCACCGAAUGCGAAUAAAUCUAUUUAUUUUUUAUUUAAUUCGAUUUAAUUAAAUUAAAAAAAGAGCUGCAGAUACUGCUGAUGGGUGUGGAACUGUUAUAAGUGGGAAGUUCGAAAGGUAAGAUACAUAAUAUAGUUACUUAAUUUAUAUCUGAAUUUCAAACUCUCUUGACAUUUUUGAUUUGAACAAGAUUUCUGGUAGAAAAAUUGUCGAAAAAAAAUCACCUACACAAUAUGUUAGUAAAACUAACAUACUUGCUGCGCUCAGAAUCUAAAAUAUUUAAUUAGUUUUAAUAAUCGUGGAUUUUAGUUUUUGCGAAACAUUUUAUAAUUUACUAACACUGUUACUCUAGGUUUUAUAAUGAUGUCUUUUAUUUCAAAAAACAAUGUUUUUGUCAUUAUAAUUAUUUAUUACUUACAAAAAGUUACGUUUAGCUCCAUUUUUGGAUGAGAUGUUAAAUGAAUAAUGGCAGUUCUUUAAACAUUAAACUGGACUUCCAAAAAGUUUUCAGUAUAGUAGUUUUUGUGAAUAUGAUGACCUAAUAAGCCAAUAAGCCGGUAUAAUAAUGUAUUAUUUUAUUACAAUAUUUACUAAAAAAGUUAUUCACAUAUUUUCAUUAAUUUAAUAAAUUUAUUUCGGUCCAACUACGAGAAUAAUCUGGUCUGAAAAUUGUGUAUGAAAAAAAAAAAAUUUAAAUAGUUUUAUAUUUUUUUAAACGAGUUGUACAUUAUAUUUUUUUCAUGUUUUAUUUUAAAUAAAAUGUAAAACUCUUUGAUGGUAAUUAUUUUGAUCAUUAAAAUUAUACACUUCAAAAACUCUCUAAAAUUGUCAUAAAGGGAAAGAGACUUGAACAUAAAAAAAAAAAAAAAAAAAAAUAAAAAAACAGAACAUGGGAAGUUUCUAUAUGUUAUAAACAAAUAUGAAUAUUAAGUUCCUUUAUUAAACAUACGAAUAUAAUUAGUUUAUAGGUAGAUAACUGUCCAGUCCCAUCGGGGAAAAAUGUUAAAAUAUUUAAAAAAAAAAAAAAAGUCUUUUUGCCUAAAUAUUAUAUGGUGUGUAUUUUAUAGAAUUAAUUAUAGUAUUGUGUCGCACAUCUUCGUUUAAAAUAUAUAAAUAAUUUCAUUUAACAAUCUUUUAUAAAUAUACGAUUUUAACAACUAUUUGAAUUAUGAAUGGACUACAUUUAUGUUAAAAGCUAAAGGUAUAAAUGAUUGUGUGACGGAGAAAAAUAUUUGAUUUGGAAAUGUUUUUAUCGUAGACCUUAUUCAAAACCUUUGGUUCUGCAGUGUGAUUUGGCGGAUUAAGUAAAUUGCGUCCCCAAAAAAAGAUCAAUCAUAUACUAUGUGAAUUGCAGCCCAAGUAAAUUUUGUAUAAUAUUUCACAUAAUAUGUGUCUAAUAUUUUUUAUUCAUACAUAAAUAUUAUGUCUAAUCAAUAUUUUCCUUCCCAUUUUUUAGACAUAGGACUGGCAAUAUAAUAUUGCAUUAAUAUUUUAGAAAAUUGUGAAAAAGAAAUUGGAAUUCAUCAAUCACUUUCAACUUCUUUCGCUUACAUUCGUUUUUAUUAAAUUGAAAAAAAAAUAAUCUUAUACAUUUUUACCAAUUUCUUAUUUAUACAUUUUGAAUAAUACACUUUUUAAUUAUAAACAAAAACAAAAAAAUGUAAAACCAUUAUUUUUAACUAUACCAAUAUUAAUACAAUUCUAUUUUCAGUACUAAGUCUGAAAAACGGGAAAGUAAAUAUUGAUUUUACAAAAACAGUCUUAGAGGUAAUUUAUAUAUAUGAAUACAAAUUAUUUAGUUAUAUAUACGAAAUGUACCCGGACCGCAAUUUACGUUUGUAUAAAAUAUGUUACCUAUCUAGUUAUUAUAAAACAUAAUAAUUAAUUUACUGUGAUAAUUAAUAUUGUAAUCCACUUAAGAAAAUUUAGUUUAACAAGUUUCUAUAUUUCAAUGUUAACAAUUUUUGAUAUAUUUUAGAUUUUGAGCUGAGCAAGGAAUGCAUUAGUUUUACAAUGAUGUUAAUUUUUUUAUUUAUUUUUUAUCUGCAAACAACUUUUCUACUAGCCAUUUUCCUCCGAUUUACAACGAUAGCAUUUUUGCUAAAAUGAAAUCUGACUUGGAUGGUACUUUAAUGAGAUCAUUUUUGAUUUUCCCAGCUGUUUUCAUAAUAAAUAGGAAAAAACGGGAAAAAACAGAGAAAAACCAGGAUAAAACGGGAAAAUAGGUACAAUUAUUAACAAAUAUUAUUAAAGAAAAUAUAUAAUGCAUAUUUUAUUAUAAUAUAACAUAAUAUAUAUUGUUGAUAAAUCAACACUAUUAACCGAACUCCGCUCAGAAUCGUUUUUCGUUAGCCAUGGUUAAUCGUUGCGUACAGAUAUACAUUAAAUGUCACCUCUACCUUCCCAAUUUCUCAACUACAACAGUAGCUCACCCACGUGCGAAGUAUUUCCGCCUUUUUUUUUUCUUUUGUUUUGUAAGUAGUAUCAUAUUGUUCAUAGAAAAUACACUGGAGCAUUAAUGGUGUAGACAUUUUCUAUAAUAACUUUCUCUUUCUCGCUUUUCUCAGCAGUCAGUUGUCACACAACAAUUUAUAUCUUUAACCACGAUUUAAGGGAGCGAAGUCAUGUAUAAAUAGUUUUCGGUAAAUUAUUCUUCUCUUUAUAGGUACAUUAUUUUUUUAAAUAAUUAUUGUUAAAAAAAACCCCUCGGCAGCAUAAGCCAUUGGGCGUAUAAAGGGUUUUUACAAAUUUAUGAUGUAUGAGUUUAUGUGAAAAAUAUGAUUGUACAUUUUAUAUUAUUGCGCACUUUAAGUAAGGUUUUUAGAUUUUUGGUUUGAAGUGUUGGCUGCAGCAAUGCAUUUGUUGAUAUUGGAGAUCGCCAAAUGAUGAUUGUGUAUAAUUUCAGCUGAUGAAUUGGGAAGAUUGGAGCAUGUUUUGGUAUUGAGAUGUAUUCGAAAAUCGGUGAUUAUGUGUUUGACAGUCACUUGGAUAACACAUGCUGUGCAUAUUGGGGGUUUUUCAUUGGCCAUGGAAAACUGUGGGAGAUUUAAGUGUACCCUAAAAGAUAAUAUAUUAUUGUACAUAUCGUUGAACAUACCGUUUCGUGUUAAAAAGCAAUUUCACUGUAUAAUUUUCUGUUCAUAUUAAGUACAAUUAUUUUGAAAUAUUUAUAAUAGUAAUAAUCGUGUUCAAAAGUGCCAUUCACGUCUGUGAUAAUGUAUAAUAUAGGUAUAUAAGAACUAAGGGAUUUUUUUUAUUCUCCUGAAAACGUAUUAAAAAUGUUCAUACGCCCUAUUUUAGCUAGGCAAAAGCGCGUUUUAACAAAAUUAAUGGCAGAUCAUUUAUAUUUACACGUAAUUGUACUCACGCCGAAAACGUGUUCUUUGUUUUACGAGAACGGCAUUAUAGUGCAUGACAGCCGAGCGUAACACAAAGGUUUUAUUAUUAUUCACGUUGAAUACAUUUGGAAAAUUCCAAACGCAGAGGAAGAAUAUUAUAAACUGCGACUGGUGUACGGAAUUUAAAUAAUAUCUUUCGCGCAACUUGCACAUUUACCAUUUUGUGUAUGUACGUUAGAUAUCAAUUUAUACUGCUUUAAUUACAUCAUAUUUGAUAUUCCCUUCAACACAGUAUUUUUAUUUUCGCAAUAAUUAUUGUUUGAACUCUAUUAUAUUUACCGAUAUAGUUUUUUAAUCGAUUAAAUUUUCACAUCGAUGCUAUGUUUAAAGUAUAUUGUUAUACAAAUACAAAAAUAAAACAACACUGCGUUACUAGUGACAUUGAGCAAUACAAUUAAUUUCUGCUAUUUAUAACUUCACAUUAAAAACUAUCUAUAUUUAUGGAACUACGAUGAUUUUAGAUUUUGAAUGAAGCGAGGAAUGUAAAAAUGAAAGGAAUGGUUUAAAAAUUAUGUUUAUUUUUGAAUAUUGUGUACAUUUCUACCAGAAAUCUCAUUCCGGUGUAUCAAGUGUAGCACUUUUCUUGAAAGGAAAUUUUUUCUGGUUAGUACAUUAAGAAAGUCAUUUUUUUGAUUUUCCAAGCGGUUUUAUAAUUAAUAAUCCUAGUAAUUAGAAAAAACGUAUGAAAAACGAAAAAAUUUACAAAAAUUAUUAUUUUCAAUUUUGUUUUUUUUUAUUGUAAUUCAAUUAAAUAUGUUUCUAGUUACUUGAAAUUUUUACGAAAAAUUCCAAUUUGUUUUUUCUAGACACGGUAAAAUUUUCAAAACAUUUGAGCUAUUAAUUGAUAUUUAAAUUUUGCGAGCUUUUUGCGCAAUUUUUAUUCGGUAGUUUCAUACACACAGUAUAUACUGGUCUUUUUUUAAUACUUGUCCUAUAUUAUUAGGUAUUGCGUUUGAUUUGUAUUGAAAAAUAUUAAAGACAUUAAUAUUAGUACGUUAUUAAAUAAUAGGCGCAUAUAUAUUGUUAUUAAAGUAUACAAUAAAUAUUUCACAAAAUUCAUUAUAUUAUAUUUCAUAAUACAAAUAUUAUAAUUUUUGUAUCCGGUGAUCGGUGAGUAAUCAAAUGAUAAAUUGUUAAUAUUUUGUUACGAACUCGGAAAUAUCUGUUAUAGUGUGUGAUACAUAAUAUAUUAUGCAUUUUUGAAAGUAAUUAAAAUUAAUAGAUGCGAGUAAAAUAAAUCGUAGGUACGUCAUUGGUAUUACGAUUUAUUAAUGAUUGUAUUAUAUUUUUAUUUUCGCUAAUCGAUAUCUACCUAAACCCGAUUAGUGAAAUUUGAUGUAGGUAAUUAUUAUUACGCUAAAAUAUGCAAGAGUCGCGUAUUACAAACAAACUCAUUUACGGUAUACUGCAGUUUUAAUAAUAGACUGAAUAUCAUUAUAAAUAUUUUAUACCGGGCUUAAAGUUAUACGGCGUGGCGGGGUCGAUAUUCCAUUGAUGUACCUAUGAAAUUAUUCAAAACCGGAUAAUAUCAGAUAAUACCUAUUUAGAACGGGUAAUAAACGGCGGGUGGAGUGCGCGGGGCCUGAACCAUAUUGUAACAGUGAUAAUAGUUCACUAGCUACUUCAUAAACCUAUGUGAAGCUGGCAAUACAAAAUAACACGACUUUACGAAACCACUCAAACAAACCCGGCUCAGAGUUAUUACAUUGUCAGAAUUGUUUAGAAAAAAAUUUGAAAAUUUAUUGAACUAUAAAGUAUUUGUAAUGGGUACAUGUCCAGCACUAUAAACGGGACAAAAAAAAAAAAAUAAAUUUAUAUAUAUCCACGGGACUGUGCUCGGUAUUGUCAGAAUUCGUUAGAUAAAAUUUCCAGAAAUAUUUCACUUUGUAUAAAAUGUAACGCCAGGUACAUAUUAAGCUCUACAAUAAUAUAAAAUUAAAUCGUCAAAAAGGUAAUUUAAAUUCCAACAAGUUUAAAAACAAGUCUAAUAAAAUAUCUACUUUAAUAUUUAGCAAUAAAAUCCAACUGCCUAACAUAUUUAUUAUUUUUUUUUUAAUUUAUACAACUUUUUUAGCAAAUACUACAAAUUUAAGUGAUUAUUAUCUUUCUAUAAAUACCUAAUAACUGUUAUUUGUAGUGCCUAUAUAAGUUCGAAAAAAUUAAAUAUGACUUUCAUAAUUACAUUUAUUAUAAACCUAUUAUAGUACGUAAUUUUUAAUGUUUAUUACCUCUAAAUAUAGAAGUACUGCAAUGUUAUUCGUGAGACGGGAAACAUUUUGCAUAAUAACAAAAUUAACAGCUAAUAAAGAAAAAAAUGUUAUUAUAAUUUUUGAUUUUUUUUUUUUAUAGUUUAAAUUUAAAAGAGGAUUGAUAACACUGUUCGUAGCUGUUAAUACGAUUUCCAUCUAUCUUCUCAUCUAUCUACCAACUAUCUUCUUAUUUAUGUGUCAGUCAGUGGUAUUUAAAAUUUAGAUUCCCUUCUUCUCCGAGAAAUCAGCAAUUUUAAUUACAUUGUAUUUUUAUUGUGUCCUAAAAUCUCCACUAUCUUUCAUCUUACUGGUAGCAUUUCAUUAAAUGUCUUGUUGUUUGCACGUUCCUGCACUCAGAAUCCACGUCAGUGGAUAUUCCCCAUUUGCGCAUGUUAGAUUCUGAGUGUAGAGAAGAAUGUAUUAGUUUAACAAAGAUAUUUAUUUUUUUAUUUUGUUAUACUGUGUAGACAAAUUCUACCCGAAAUAUUGCACCGAAUUAUCAAGUACAGCAUCUUUUCCGAAAGGGAAUUUUCCUGGGUUGGUACUUUAAGGAGGUCAUUUUUUGAUUUUCCCGAUUAAUGGGAAUAACCGGGAAAACAGGGAAAAAAACAAAAUGCAGGUAUUAGUAAAAAAAUAUUAUAGCUUUUUUUCCUGUGAAUAACUUUACUACCAGCAAUUUUGCUGUGUUGUGCUAUGUUUGUUGUACUAGCUUCACGUUGGUACUUAAGAGUACUUAGUAAAAUUUGUAUUAACGAUCACCGUUAAAUAUUGGACGGACAACUUGUAUCAAACAUUUAUUUACAUUUAUCGAUUUACUUCAUGGACCGUGGUUCUUUUUAGAUUCAGAGUGUAGCAAGGGAUCUAUUGUUUUAUUAUGAUGUAUGUAUUUUUUUUUUUUGUAUCCGUAUUAUUAUAUAUUAUUAAUUAUUUCAAUUAGAAAACUUGCUCCGAUGUACAAAUUGUAGCACCUUUUCUGAAAGAAAAUUGUAUCUAAUUGGUGCAUUGAAGAGGUCAUUUUUUGAUUUCAAAAAGGGUUAACAUAAUGAUUUGAAAAACCGGAAAUUUGUUUUCGAAAAACAGUGCAUAUAUUUAGCGCACUGAGACAUUAUCGACUUCAUUGGUUUUAGUUUUUACGAACUAUGUUUUCUAUCUGAAAUAUUGUUUAAAUCUAAAUACACUAAGAGAAUUUUUUUGUUGUAUUUUUAAUCUGGCUACUGAAUAAAAAAGUCGUGUUUUGAUUUAUGUUUAACAAUUGAGUAAAAGCGAAAAAAAAAAUGGAAAAAAAGUUUACGGAAAUGAUAGUUUUAUUAUUUUCAAUUUUGCUUUACGUAUUUUUUGUAUUAUGUAUUGGUUUAACGAUGUUUGGAUGUUUAUUUUUUUCUGUAAACAACUUUUCUACAAGAUAUGCUGUUCUGAUUUUAUUGUACAAUACUUUUUCUAAAAGGAAAUUUAACUAGAAAUGUUCCUUUGAGGAAGUCAUUUUUUGAUUUUUCCAGGGGUUUUCAUAAUAAAUGGGAAACACCAGGCAAAAACGUAGGAAAAUCGGAAAAUACGAAAUUUAUGAAACGUAUUGUUUUGAAAUCCUAAAUAUUACAGCCUUUCAAAAUAUGUAUAACCUCGAAAAAGUACCACUGGGCAGAAAGUCCACAUUGUUUGAGAUACUGCGUGAAAACAUUUUUAAUAGCUGAACAUUUUUUUACUAAUUAAAAUAGUUUUUUCUGAGAAAAAAAAACAUUUUUGUAAAACUAUUAGCUUCUUUGAUAUAAUCAUUGUCUAAGAAUACUGUGGACAUAAUUUUUGUACUGGAAGCAUUAAUUAUUUUGACGUUUCAGUUAUAGGUAUUAACUUGCUAUUAAAUACAUAUUAUAGAGUGACCUACACUACAAAUGAUUACAAUAAACUAUAUUUGUGCCUACACAUUUGCUUUAGCGAUCACAUGUUUUUCGAAAAAUGUAAUAUUCCAAUGCGAUUUAGUCAUGAUUGCAAGUUUUAUUAUUAAUAUGUUUUUAACUGGUGCGUUAAGAUCAAUACCACAGAGCUUUUUAAAAUACGAAAUCAUUAUACAACUGUUUAUAUGUAAUAAUAUAAAGAGAGUUUUGUACGUUCGAGCGGAUUUAAAAUCGAAUAUAAGACGCUGCCAAACAAAUACAUGUACGGCAUUUUCGCAUUCGGAUUGCCGUCAACGUGUGUAUAUUUGACAAUACAAAUCCUUAUAAUAAUAAUAAUAACGAUAAUAAUAUGCUCAAUGGCUUUAAAUUCAAUUACUACAAGAGUGUAAUGGAGGAACGAGAGAAUAAAAGUAUACAUUUGAAAUUCCUUUAUCGGAGUUCUUUGGGAAAAAUGUUUAAACGUUUUGUAUUCAAAAGUAAACAGGGCUGUUUUUAGUGUUUACACAAUUUAUUUUCGUCGUUUAUAUUUAUUGUAUUACACGCGUUUAGCUCGAGGAUUUGCAUCGUGAACAAUAAAUUCAAUAGAAGUACACGAAAACGUAUUCACCUACUCGCGGUUAAAAGUUACGGGAAUGAGAAAACAAAUUUCCAUUCCCUUAUAAUAUUUAUUAUACUACACGUAUAGCAAUUGGUUUUGAACAUUUUUUUUUUUUAAAUUUUUUUUUUUUAUAUAUACUUACACGUUGAUAUCGCUGUAUUUUUACAAUAAUAAAGCCGCAUUCGCGUUUUUUAAUAAAAGUCAACGAUAUAGUAAUAUGAAUAAUAAUACAACACUAUACCAAUAUACCCGCAUCGUAAAUGUUUUUAAUAUUUGUUAAAUAUCAAAUAUCAUCAUAAUAAAGUCGCAAUAAGACUAUAGGCAAUUGUCAUUAAAUUAUAUGUAAUACGUGAAGUUAAUGGUAAAAAUUGGAUAAUGUCAAAUUUUCGUUCAGUAGAACCAAUAAUGUUAAAAUUAUAAUUUAAUAUUAUAAUUAAUUAGCCUAUUAUCGAUGUUAAAUUUAAGAACAUUCUCUGCGUUUAUGCAUUAACUUUUUGUUCUUUAUUUUAAAUUUCAAGCGAAUGCAAAGAUUUUUAAAUUGUAAUAGUUCACAUACUCUAUAAUAUCACUUAUAUUCCAAUUUCGGAAUCGGAGUUAUUUCAUAUUGAAGCGAUAAAAGUUAAAUUGAAUUUCACCCUGAUGUCGUGGAAGGAACGUGGUUUUUAGCUUUGAACACCUAUCGUGCAAAUGAAGCCGUGUGGUGGAAACGUUGUAGACACAUGAUGUUAAUAUCAAAGAUUUACCUUUUGGGGAUUUCAAAUUUCAUCCCUACCGUUUUUAUAAUCAAAUUCAUCAUUUUUUCAGAAAUAGUAUUAUAGAUUGUAGUUUAUUAUACAAUAGUAUAUUCGGUUAUUUAUUGUUUUACAAAGCAUAUUUCUACAAUGCAAAAUAAACGGAAAUUCGACUUUAGUGACGGAGCUCUGCAGUUCACGGUUAAUUUUUUACUAACCAAUUUCCGAUUAUAGAUAAAUUAUGCAUAUAUCUAUACUCAAUAAAAAUUAACUAUCUAAACUAAAUACAUUCGCUUUGAACUCGAUAAUUGUAGAUGAACAAAUAAAACGGGAGGACUUUAUUUUUUUUAAAAAAAACAAAGAAAAAAGCAACAUAUAUAGUAAAAAAAACUUUUCACAUAUUUUAUAUUCACACUCUUAAUACCUACCUACCGUAUUGUAUAAAAACUAUAUAAAACUAUUCUGCGAAAAUUUCCAAUCAUCAAAGUACCUAUUUUUUACAGCGCAAUAAAUGUAUUAUUUUUGGUGGCAAACAUAAAUUUAAAAAAUACAACAAAAUAGCCUAUAAUAUAAUAUAAUCAAAAAUCGUGAAGGUUUUUUUUUUUUUUUUUGUCUCCAAUAAACUUUGAAAUAAUAAACUACGGUCGGUUGUAAAAAAAAAAAAAGUAAUUUUUCUUAUUAAUGUACGCUGUAUGCAUUGUGAAAAUUGAAAAAUCUAAUAGAUUUCGAUAUUAAUAUUAUAAAGUACCUACUCGUAUCCUAUAGGUAUACUUAUAUAAACUUCAAACGUGCAUUUAUAAGUAAUUUACCGACAACGAUUGGCACUGAUUAUAUCCGAUAUAUAUAAAAAUAUUAUACAUUAGAUACUUAUAUUAUUACAAAGAAUAGUUAAAAUAUCAAUAACGCAUUGAUUUUUGUUUUGUAAUUUUUUACGCGGCUUAACAGUGGCGUCGCAAUAUUAUUAUUUAACAGAGUGUUGUCAAUAAAUUAUUAUUAAAUAAGCUCGAUAAUUUUUAUUUUUUGUUAUUUUUCAGGUAUGUUGAUGGCUGAAAACGGAAUAAAUGGACAAAACGGUCCAACACAGAAUGUCGGGAGUUACAUUAACAACGUCAUGGGUAAGUGACAUUGUAAUAAUAAUUUAUAUUCAUUGAAUUAAUAGCGAAAACGUGUUAUCUGCUGCCAAUGACGGUCGAUAUAAUUAACCUGUUAUUGGCUAAAAUUAUUUUUCAAAGUGCUUCAUAUAAUUAUUAUUUACGUAGAUGCAUUUGUUUUAUACUGAAUUCCGAAUUUCGGUAGAGUUAUUUAACUGAAAGCAAAUAUAAUGUAUUCGAUCUGUUUCUGUUUUCGAAUCUAUUCGAUUUUUAUUUCAUUUUAAUAAAAGCGCAAAAAGAUUUACGAGAAAAUACAAAAAAUAUAAUUUAUGAAAAUCCAAUAAUUUUUUUUAUGUUUAUUAUUAUUUUUAUAUAUAUAUAUAUAUUUUUUUUUUUUUAAUAACCAUAAAAUCACUAAUAAUAAUACAUUUUUAAUUGGUAUUUUAAAAACUAUAACAGUCGUGUUUGAGUGUUUAACGUACUUUUUAUGCGGUUCGUUGUAUUUUUAGUGUCCGUAGCGCAUCAUUUUUAAGUUGGUUUUCUAUGAAUUAAUAAGAUAAUUGCAAAAUCGUUUACACUCAUUAUUUUGCUCUAACGAUAAAGUGUAUUUAAAUAUAUCCAAAAUUUAACUAUAUGUAUUUUAUUUAAUGCUCAAGAAGUAUAGUUUUUGAAAACUUUUCAGGGGGGGAGGGAGUGGAGUGUUUUAAAACGAUACUGGAUUGAAUUAUAUCAAUAAACCAAACGAGGCACCUUUAGAUAUAUUAUAUAGGUAUAUGUAUACAUAUGCAUAUAUUGAUCAUACAACUACAAUAUUUAUUUUAAUGCCGAAGAAUAAAAUAUCUUUAAUAACAACGUGCUCGAGGAAAACAGAUAAAUACGGUCUUAACUUGCGGUCUUGAUUGAAAUCGUGAAUUAAUAAAGUAUGCAAAAAUGGAGUUCGUGUACAUGUGACUGAAAAAUUUGUACUAAUACACAUGAAUUUACUAUCCAAGAACAACAUGAAUUUUUUAAGAACACGGUUUUACGGAUUAAAAUGUUAAUGUUUUACGUGAAUACGCGAAAGCGCGUACUUGCUAAAUAAAAAGUUUUAGUAUUUAUUCCAUUGUACACUUAUAGGUAUAAAUUAUUCAGAAGACCAUUAUUUUGUCAUAGGUUGUUAUAUAUAAUAGUAUGUAUCCGUAUGACUGUGUAUACGUACGAUACAGAACACUAUUUUUCUUUAUUACGCUUCAUAAUCAUUUCUGUCAUAUCUCAUUUGUAAAAUUAUUACUCGCUGUGCACGAAAUGUUUAAAUGGUCGCUCUCUAGAAAUAUUAGAUUACUUUCAUCAAGAGCAAUUCUUUUAUUUCUCUGGCGUAGUGAUUUUAAUUAAAUUACGCUCUUUUUCUGUAUUAGUUUGUCUGAUAUUUUCAUAUACGAAAAUAUUAUAUUGAGCUUAUAAGCUCAACUAUAUUUAGGUAUAUAUUUUGAUCUAUAAAGUCUGUAAUUUAUUUUGAACUGCUGCAGCGAUAGAAUUUUAAUGAUACACCAAGUAAUUUAACAGAAAUAAAUGUCAAAUAAAAUUAUUAUUGCAAUUCAUUUCACAAAAAAAAAAAAAAAAAAAAAAAAUUAUCAUCGCAAACUCUAAAACUUUGUCCUAAGUUUGCUGCAAACUUUCAAUAAUAAAUAAUGUGUUACUUACUGAAAUAUUAACUAGGGUGUCGGUUAAAUAAUAAUAUUGUAUUGCAGACAUGACUUAUCACCGUUUGUUAUUAGCAAAUUCUAUAGAUCAAGGCUGGUUAAACGGUAGAUCGCAGAUGAUUUAAAUGUCGAUCUCCAUUUUGUUAGAAUUUAUUUGUACGGAAUUAGUAGAUAAAUAACAAUUGCUGAUCAUUUUUAUCUGAAUAUAUUAUCUUUAUUUUGUUAAAAAUUUAUCAAGUAAUAUACUUCAACAGAGUUUGUCCUGGCAAUUGUAAUUGCAAUAAUACUAUGUUAGUCUUAAUAAUAGUGUGAUGAAAAAUAUUAUUUAACUAUACAUUUUAGUUUUAUUAUUUUGUACGUGUAUGUGUAGGUACUAUUAAUAUUUAUUAGGUAAUUCAUAGUUAUACGUUUUUGUUAGGAAGUCGAUCCUCAAAGAAAAAAUAUAUUAUUAGUAGAUCUCUACCAAAGUAAGUUUGGCCACCCCAUGCUAUAAAUUACACGGGAUAAACUCGUGGCAUUUGUCGGAGGCGCUUUUAUAUAUUUCCCGCUCCAAAAUUUUUGUUGGUUUCCUAUAAUUAUUCCUUUGCACGUAUGUAUUUCUCGAAGAAAGGCUAAGGGGUUAAAUAGACAAGCAUGAAUAUUUCCGAACGCUAUGUCGCUAGAAUGUUUCUACAGAGCUUUUCAUAUUCCUAUCUAUAUUAUUUAUUAUUAAAUGUUCAAAACAGACCAGAAACGGGUUCAACACUGAUCCAUGAGUAAUUAUUAAUUAAGAGUAUUAUCGGUGAGGAUUAGACUUUUUAGAAAGAUAGGGGAGGGAAGGGUUAGGUAACAGCCAUGCCUGUCAAGCUCAUCAGUAUUGUAAUAGUUUAUUGUAUACAUGUGUAUGGCUUAUGGGGUAAAGUAUGUUCAUAGAGCUCUCCAAAAUUAAUUAUGAUAGAAUAUUUAUUGGUAAUACUUUAUUUUUUGUAAUAUCAGGCAUAGUAUUAAAAUAAGUAAGACCGAGAUAGUCUAUAGUGAAUGAUUUUUUGAAAUAGAUUAAUUUAGCAUCAUAGGCUAUGGUUUUGUUUUUAUUUACCAUUUCAAUUAAAUCAAUCCAGUUUUAUAAAUAUUUUGCCACUCAUGAAAUAUGAAUUUUUCAAAUAAUAAAUCUUCUGGUUUAAUAGAUACAUUAAAUGGUUUAAAAUUUAUAUACUAUUCGAAUUUUAAAAAGAAGAUUUAUGUAAACAUAUAAGUACUAUUUUUCUUUGGUGGUUUAAUAAUAGUAUAGAUCAUUUACUGAAAGUCCCCUCCCCCUAAAUUAACAGUCCAUAUAUUAUUGAUGGUAUAUAGCUAAAUAAUAUACUACACGAGUUACUUGCAUCGAUACAAUCUUGCAUAACUUAAAAAGGCUAAAACUCAAAAUACAAAGACGCGUUACUAAGUAAUUUAUAUGUAAAUUCCAUCUCAUGUGUUUAUCAAUAGUUGGUCUCAAAUAACGUAUACUUGAGACUCUAAAUAAAGUUUUACAUUCUAUACCAUUGCGCAAGUUAUUACCAUCAAAAAAGUGUAAAGUUAAAUUGUCAACAUUUUCUUCUGUAUUAUUUAUCACGAAGUUCAUGAACAUUGUUUUACUAUAAUUUGGUUAUAAAUUCCUAUAGUUUAAAAACUACUAUUUUUUUAAAAUUGUAUUGCUGUUUUAAUAUGUACCUCAUUCUUGUGAUCUAUAAAUACAAAACAUACCCAAGGAUACUUAAAUUAUUAAAAAUUAAAUUAAAUUAAAUCAUUUAAUUUUUUUAAAAUAAUGUUUAUAAUAUUAGCAUCUAUAUCUAAAUUUACACUUUAACUAUAAUCACAUCUUUUAGUUUUUAAAUAAUAUAACUUAUAACAAAGUAUGGAAAAAUUAUAAUAGAUUACAUCAUUUCAUGUUUCUGUUAAACAGAUUACAUCUAAAUGCAUACCAUUAAAAUCGUUUUGUAGAAACAAAAAAUGUAUUAAAAUGAUAAAAUAAAUUCAAGUUCACAUUAAAUGUAUAAUAGUUACUAAUUCGUUGAUCAUUUUGUCAGUCUGAUUAGGUAACUGUACUCAGAGGCAUGUGUCCAUUAUAAUUUCGUUGUUAUUGAAUAAAAAAAUUCGACAAUUUAAAAAUUUAAAAAUAAUUUUCUGGGAGUUGGAAUUCUCUUGGAACCAUCUUGUAAUUAUAUUUCUACAAUUAACAAUAUGACAUUAAAAACAAAUUUAAAAAAAAAAAAAGACGUCCUAGGAUAAUGGGGACGGUGCCGCCACUGUCAUAGAUAAUUUAAUGUAUAUCUGUAUGCAACAAUAAACCAUUACUUACAAAAACAUGAUUCUGAGCGGGGUUCAGUUGAUAGUGAUGCUUUGUCAACAAUAUGUCAAUAUAUGUUAUUUUAUAGUAAAAGAAUUAAAUAGGCUUUAUAUAUAUUCUUUAAUUAUAUUUUUUUAAUGGUGUAAUGUUCUCAGUUUUCCCAUACAUUUUUCGCAUUUUUCCUCUGUUUUUUUUCGGUUUUUCGCAUUUAAUGAGAAACCUCUUGAAAAAAUCGAAAAAUGACAUUCUUAAAGUACCUCCCCACACAAAUUCUUUUCAGACAAGGUGCUACACUUAAAAAUGAUCCCCGCUCAGAAUCGUUUUUUCAUAAGCAACGGUUUAUCAUUACUUUCAGGUAAACAUUAAAUUAUCUAUAGAUAAUCUUAUAAUAAUCUUUAAUAAAGUUAAUUUUGAAUAUAUUAUCACAAGAGCAUGAGUAAGGGGUAGUACAGUCGGAAAAAUGAAAUAAAAUGUGAUCAAUAUUCGGAAAUUCAUUGUUAAUUAUGUAGUGAGGUAACAUAGAAGUUUUUUCUAAAUUUAAAAAUAUUAACUAUUUUUUAAUAGCCUCAAUCGUAUACAUUUAAUAUCAGCCUGGAUUUUGAGGAAAACACCCUUUCAAGUAUCACCUGUCAUAAUAAGAGCCAUGUCAUCUGCAUAUCAAACGAGUUCUCCGUUUAAUUUUAGUGAUGUAAUGUUAUUUAUAUGAAUAUUAAAUAGUAAAUAUUAAUAGAGGAAAUUGUACAGUACCUUGUGGGAGACCGCACGUAAUAAAUUCCCCUGAGCUUUGUGUUCCAUUUUUCUUUACGAAUUAUGUUCUACAAGAUAAAUAAAAAUCAAUCAAUUUUAAUAGCAAAUAUUUUAUUCCGAGUUAUUGUUUAACAAACGAAUUUUCAUUAAAUAGUUAUUUUGAAUUAUUCCGAAAAUGUUUCUACAAAAAAUUUAAAUGAUAUUUACGGUACUAAUAUUAUUCCAACUAAAAUUUUUCCUACGUAUUGUUUAAAUUCAUGGUUCAACAUGUGAACAAAUUCCCAUCUAUAUAUAACUAAAUAACCCAGAAUGAUUAGACACCUGAGUUUAUUUUUUGUAAUUAUUCGUAAAAGACACUUUAAUUUUUAGUAUAAUAGGUAAAUAAAUUUGUUAACACCACCCUAGGAUGAGGUACACUUGUUUUCCUUAUACUUACCAUACCUGACUUGGUACACACUUAUUUUUUAUUCAAAUUUAUUAGCACCAAUUUAUUGUUUAGUAUAGAUACGUUUGUUUACAAAUAAGAGAAAAUGAAACUUAAAAGAGUACCUAUAUAAUAUUUGUAAUGUAUUAUGUGAUAAGUAGUAUUGGUAUCCUACAAGAAACAAUAUAUUGUUCUCAUAAUUUUAGCUAGUCCUCGAUAGUUAAACAAAGGGAUAUCUUCGCACUAUAAGUAGGCCAAAUUGGAAGUUUGGAAGGUAAAAGUAAAAUAAUUUUAGCGAAUGCAAUGAUAAAAUUAAAAACGUUUUAAUUACUCAUGAUUUUGACAAAUUUAUAAUAGUGUAAUAGUUAAAAUCCGCAUCUAUUAACAUAAUAUAAUAAUACAAUGUAUUAUUUACAUUUUUGUUACAGUUACCGGCCAAAUUCAGCAACGAACCCGUAAGUAAUUGUUUAAAAUAAUACUACUUGUAUGUGUGUACAAAUACCCGUUCAUAUUUAUUAAUAUUUAACAAUAUUUUUUUUAUACCAACAAAUCUACACUAAAAACGUUUGAAUAAAAUAUUUUUAUUUAACAAAAAUUAACAAAAUGUGUCUGUUGUUGAGUAUUAAUAGCUUGAUCGUAGCUUUGUUCAUUUUUAAACAUACUAAUUACAGGUAACCCUUAUAAUGGUAUUAUUUUUUAGAUUCUGAGCGUAGCAAGGUUUCACCAUGAUACUUUGUUUUCUAUCAGAAAUCUUGAAUCAAAAAAUACCAAGAUACUUUAAUUUGUUAAAUUUUAGAUCUAGUUAGUGAGUAAGUAAGUUAUUGUUGAUUUUUCGACCAGUUUUCAGAAUUAGAAAAAAUCAGAUAAACAUAAGAAAUACAUAAACAUCUACAGCAUUAAUUGUUUCGUUAUUUUAAAUAGGUAUUUAUUAAAAAUUGCCACAGUGAGUUGAAAUUUUCCCAGAAUACUUAUAUAAGUAUUUUUUUACCUUUUCUAGAUACGGUACAAAACAUUUUAUCGAUUUGUGUGCUACUUAUAAGCAUUUUAUAUUUGCUAGUUUUUUUUACAUAAUUUUUAUUCUGUAGUUAUUCCAUGAAUAAAAUGAUUUGAUUAAACAUAAAUACUUGAAAAUUUAAUUUGAAGAUCAACAGUUGGGUUUUUAUUUCGUUACAUUAAUAUUAUAUUAUAAUUAGUGUACACUGAACGCACAAUAUAUUUAAUAUUUAUUUUAUAAAAUAGUUUUAUUCUUUUUUGAAUAUUAUAUAAUAUAUCAUUAUAAACGGUCGUGCCGGCGCUAGGUUUGGCGAGGCCCUGGACAAUGCUUUAGUAUAACCAAUGAUUAUAUACCUAAAAAAUAAUAUACCGUAGGGCCCGAUAAAACCGAAACAAGCACUGGGCCUUGGACUUAAGUCCCAUUUAUCCUCGCCUAACUUUAAACGGUUAACAAAACAACGCAACAAAUAUAAUACAAGUUUAUAUACUAUAAUUUACGACACAGAAAAGAAAUCAAAUUUGAACAUCAAAUUCAAUAAGGUGUUGAAAAUAAUCAAUGACUAUGAUAGUACCUAUAUACCUAAUAAUAUAAUAAGCAACACAUUAUUAGACAUUUUUCGCACAACUAAAUUUUCGAAGUUCAAAUCGUUUAAGAAUUUCUCACGUCUUAUAUUUCAAUAAUAAAUGGAGUUUUGACCUUUACGAUUUAGGUCGACAAUAUGUAAAUAUCUACAAACGAAUUUAAUAUAUAUACUUAAACAUGCAACUGUUGAAUAUCAAAAGCCUCGGAGCUUUAAUUAAAACAUAAUAAUUAUAAUACCUACUGCAAACAAUUAAAGAAAUAAUUCAGAUUUCUAGAACACUCAUAUAUAUUUUUUUAUAAUUAUUUAUAUUUGUUAUUAUUUUUUAAAAGUUAGGUAUAUUAAAAACAAAAAAAUAGGAGAGAAAGAUGUUCAGCAAUAUAAUGAGGCUUGCAUAUACAUAUAUUUAUAAUGACUACUUUGUCGAUAAUAACCUUUGAAAAGAUCCAUUCAUUACAUUUUUUUUUCUACUAUGUUGGACAAUAGAAAUUAUAUUGUUAAACAUUUUAGCAUUAUAAAAAGCAGUUAAAUAUUAUUUAUUUUUAUUAUUUUUUGUUGAAUCUAGACACAAAUUUAAAUAUUUAUGAGAUUAAUUUUGUUUUUUCUAUAUCUAAAAAUCAUUUACAUAUAAACAUUAAAAGUAGGUAAGAAUGUAAAACACCGUCUUAAACAUAUUUCAAGUUAAUAAAAUAAGUAACUUACCUAUUAUAAAAUAAUUAAAAUUGAAAUAUGCACUAAAUAUAUGUAAGAAAAAGUUUUAAUCUUUAGAAAAUAAUAUUUUUAAAGCUUAAAUAACGAAUAAUUCAUUUUUCUAAAAAAAAAAAAAACUGUACGAUUUUAAUACGACCAACGUAUUCAAACCCGUAUACAACUCUUAAAAGAUUACACUGUAAAAUAAAAUUUGAAUCUGCCAGUGAAAACUAAAAUAACUUUAAUAUCAAAUUCUCAAAGAAAUUAUUUUUCUGGAAAUAAUAACAAUACAAAUUCAAUUUAAUUCAAUAAUACUAAUGGAUUAAAUUCAAUUAUAAUUAAUUUUAGUUAGGAUUACUGAUACAAGGUAACGUAAUAUGUUGUUUUGUGUUGUUUGUGUUCCAACUUUUGUUCUGAAUUUUAUAAACCCCAUGGUAGUUUUUAAGAUUUUAAGAUUUUAUUGCUCAAGGAUUUUUUGAUCCAAAGAAUUUUCAUUUUAAAAAUUUACAUCAGUAAUAUUUUACGGGUCAAACAUUUUCAAAAUAAACCACAAAAGCAGAACGGGAUUUGAAUAAAUUACUGAACGUAUCGGAUUAUCAUAUUCGUAUUCCCAGCGAGUAGCGCACCCAGGAAUUUCUAAUGGGUAAAUAAUAAUCAUGAAUAAACGAUAGAAUCUUUCUUCUACAAUGGAAAUUUAAAAGCCGGUUUCAUAAAAGCCAAUCUGUAUUUAAUUAAUUAAGCUUUCCCAUGUGACUUACAAUUACCUGAAAUAUAUUAUACAUUUCAUAAUUAAAUUACUAAAUACUCAUCGUUGUUGUAUUUUUAAAUUAAUGGAGUUGGGUAUAUAUAUCCUACAUCCCAUACUACCCACAACCCCAGUAUUGUUCAUAUACCUAUAUUUAAAAUUAACAUUAAUCAACAUAACUAUAUCUAUUUCCUAUAUGCAUAGAUUUUAUUAAUUUAUAUUUAUAAUUGGUAAUACAACAUUAAACGCCAAUUAAGAUAUGAUCGCAUUCUUAUGAAAUCGUAACACAAGAUUUCAAAAUCGAAAGGAUCGAACAUUGUUAUCAAAAUUAUAAGUUGUUGAGUUACAUAAUAAUAAUAUAUACUUAACAUUGUAUCGAGUUCGUUAUCCAUACACUGAUAUUAUAAUGUACAGUUUAACAAAAUGCCGAACAUAAAUGUUUAUAGAAAUUUUCCAUUAUUUUACCACCAUGACAACACCGAGGGUUAACAAUAUUACGUAUAUUGUGUAUUUAAUUUAACGAAUUCGGCAAAUGUAUUUAUGUCUUAUCAAUUUGCUUUUAGUGUUAUAUUUGAAAAUUUACAAUGCUCAAAGACAAUAAUACAGACAUAAAAUAUAUUAUUAUUAUUAUUAAGAGAUUUUGUUCAUAGUUGGAAAUAAUUUGCAUUGCAUUAAAGAUAAUAAUUUGCAUUUAACAUAAUUACAAAAUUAUCGGUUAGUUUUAUAGUGAUUUCAUCAUUUUUUAAUUUGUUUAUAAUGAGUCUUAUUAUUUAAAUGUUGACGGUUUAUUUCGACGCCAGUUUUUUGGGGGGUUUUUAACAUCAUUUAUGUUAUUAUCUUUAACGGAUGCUGUCUACAAGUUCAGUUUUAAUCGCUUCGUAACUAAAAAAAAAAAAAUGUCUUAGGAUAAUGGGGAUGGGUGAAGCCAAUGUUGUAGGUGGGAAGUUAGGAAAGUAGGAUAUGGACGGAAAUUUAAUGUAUAUCUGUAAACGACGGUUAACCAAUGCAAACGAAAAAACGAUUUUGAGCGGAGUGCGGUUGUUAGUGUUGAUUCUUCAACAAUACCUAUGUCAUACUUUGUUAAAAUAAUUACAUAAGCAUUAAACAUUUUCUUUAAUAAUAUUUAUAUAAUAUUGUACCUAUUUUCCCUGUUUUUCCCGGUUUUUACAAUAUUUUUCUCGUUUAAUGGGAAAACUCCUGGAAAAAAAAACCAACUCCUUAAAGUAAUUUCUCAAUCAAAUUUCCUUUUAGAAAAAGUGCUCUCAUUGUAAAUCUGAGCGAAAUUGCUGGUAGAAAAGUUGUUCAAAGAAAAAAAAUAAACAUCAUUGUAAAACCAUAAGCUUCUUUGCUCCACUCAGAAUCUAAAAAUUAAAAUUAAAUAGGUUUAUUUAAACUAAUACUACUUUUAUAUUUACAACUUUUGUGUUAACAAAAAAUUCAUUUUGAAAAAUAAUAUAUUAAUUUUAACGAACGUAACUUUUGGUAUUUUUAUAGCCACUUGCAAACGAAAAGAAGACAGUCCGAUAAUUUCCGAACACUCUGCUGCGCCUAAAAAACCACGUUUAGUCUUCACCGAUCUUCAACGACGAACAUUACAAGCCAUUUUCAAGGUAAUUAUUGAACAUGUUACAUUAUUAUUAUUAUUUUUUUGCCCAUCACUUAAAAGCUAUUAAAACGUCACUUGAACAAUUUCUCACGAUAAAAUGUUAUAAACUAUAGACAUUAGGCGUGUCAUGCUAGUCUGCGCGUAUAUAGGAAAACAUAAUAUACAUGAAUUUAUUUUCCAAACAUUAUUUUUCAAAAUUCGUUUUUUCAUUAAAUUAUAUAAUUCAUUAGGAAACGAAAAGGCCGUCUAAAGAAAUGCAGGUGACCAUAGCCAGGCAAUUGGGGUUGGAACCCACUACGGUCGGUAAUUUCUUCAUGAACGCCAGGAGACGGUCGAUGGACAAGUGGAAAGACGAAGAUCCAAAAGCGGUCGCGGCAGCACAUCACCAAGACGACAUGGUAGUCAGCAUGCAAACGGUGACGCACAUGGGUAAUCAUCAGCCCGAAGUUUUGUGACCAAUAAUCAAUUAGGAUAAAUAGACGUGCGUAUUUAUUCCGAAAUUUUAGAGUACAAUAUUUGAAAAAUGUGAUUUGUUUUCUGGUCAGUUUUACCACCUAUAACAUUUAUAGGUAAUUAAGUGAAUAGUAUUUGAGAUAUUUUUUUUUUUUUACGAAAAAUAUAUUCUUUCAACACGGUAAAGCAGCAUAAUAUAUAUUUUAUACAUAUUCAUAAUCCUCGAUUCGUUGUCGCUUAUUGAUUUUUCGUAAAACGCUAACAGCGUGACCGUUCGGUUAAAAAAACAUUAUUGGUAACCUACGGUCAAAGGGUUAGGUUAAAGAAAAAAAAAACAUCGACAAAUCUUUUCAAUCCUGCUAUUAAAUUACAUUUAUAAUCAUAAAUUACGUUAUUCGAUUACCAAAAUAUAGUCAUAAGUAGGUAUAACUUUAUUGAAGCCGAGAGUUUUUUUUAAUACGAUUUUUUACUUUACUCGACGAAAUCUUUUUGACGCCGAUUGGCCAAAAUGGUUUACAUAAUAACAAUGACUUGCCUGUAGUUUUUCAGAGCUCGAAUUGAAUGGGGGACGGUGCAGGUGGACGGAGUCCACUUUCAUUUUAACGGACCACUUUGUUUAAUUAUUCCAGAAACGCUUUUGUUGGGACCGUGCGUCUUUCUUUGUAUAGCACAACUGUGUAUUAUUGUUAUCUACAGUUCAUAGUUAUAUUCGAUUUUUAAUCUGGAUCUGGGGGUGGGGGGCCAAUAAAAACAAAUCGAAAAACAUUCCGUAUUAACUUAUGUUCGUAUAGAUCAGUAUACAUAAAUAAGGAAUUUGUCGUUAUAUUUUCAAUUUUCGACGCUUUUUUUAGAUCAAGACCACUUUAAAAUCAAAAUUUUAUUAUAUUAUAUUAUAGUAUAUAUUAUAUUUUUUUUAUUAAAUCAGUACUUUGUGGUAUAUUUUUUUAUUAAACAGGGUAGAUUUUAAUGAGAUGUUAAUAAUUUCGAUAAUAGAAAGAUAUUUUAUACAUCUGUUUUCUAUUAUUAUGUUUCUGUUACAUAUAUGAAUCGCUGGUUUCUAAACGAAAAUCAGUGUUUGUCAUCAUUUUAUCCCCCACAAUUCGAGCACUGCGCUUAUUUACUUACCUACCUACCCAUUAGAUCAAUACUAGAGUUUAGAUUAUCAAUUUAUCCAAAUAUUUAAAACCAAUUUCACCCGUAUUUACAGAACAUACAAAUUAUUAUAAUGAUUUACCUACGAUGAUGAUCUCUUAUCACUAUAGUGAUAUAAUAUAAUAUUAUUAUAACGUGCCUAUACCUAGUUAUGCCCAGUCUAAUCAAUCAAUCCAGUCUAGUCAACAACGGCUCAAUUUAUCGGUAAAUUGAAAAAAAUAUAUAUUACAUUGUUAUAAUACAUCUUAGUAUUAUGUUAUUACUCGUAUAACAAUAUAUUCGUUUCAAAUAAUAUAGUAUAUAUAUAUUUUUAUCACGACUUGGUAUUAUCACAAAGAUUACCAGUGUUUUAUUCCGUCACAAUAUUUUGUAAUACCUGUAAAUAUUAUAAUUGUAUACAUAAAAAAAAAUUUUAAAAAAAAAUUUAAAAAAAAAAACGAAAAAAAUAAAAAUAAAUAAAUAAAUAUAUAUAUAUAUAUAUAAUAAAUAUAUAUAUAUAAAUAUAUAUAUAUAUAUAUAUAUAUAUAUUAUUAUUUUAUAUUAUAUGGACUUUAUAAAUAUGCACGGUUCAUAUUAUUCUAUAUUGAUGCGAAAUGAUUUAUUACGAGCUUAUUUUUAACUGAAU